AUGGCUGCUCAGAGCUCAGGCAGCCAAACUUCUACCGGCUCAACCAGGGCGUUUGCCCAGAAACUGAACAAGUAAGUCCAAAAAUUGUUGCCUUGAAGAUUAUGAAAACUGGAGAAUUUUUGUUAAUGAGAUUUGUAUCUUUGUUUUUGUCUAGAUUUCGAAGGAAUGGGUCGACCUCUUUCGGCACGCAAACAAGUUUCACAAAGUCACCGUCGGUUUCGAGCUCUUUCCUCCAUUUUGCUACCGGAACGGUAAGUCAUUUCUGAAAUAGUGUGGGUAUAAGGUGAAACAAGAUUUUGUUUUGAUAUUCCUUGAGGCGUCUUUGAAAUUUGUAGCUCCAAUUAACGGCAGUGUUUGUGGGAAGAUUAAUAUAAGAUGGUGGUGGGACAUUGUACUGUAGCUGUAUAUUAAUUACACUGAACGGAAAUCGACAAUGAAUUUUAUUAUUUUAUGUUACUUCAAUUACUUAACGAAACAAAAUAUUGGGCCUUAAGUUUACAAGAGUAGUCCUUUAGCGUUCUUAAGCUAAAUUUAAACAACAACUGAAUUGCGGGAGAUUACACAUGACGUAUGAUCGAAGCGGGGGACAGGAAGUAAAGUAACACUAAUCUAUUCUUUUUUAGGUCAUAAGAAUUUUCCUAACUUCCGUUGUCCUUUGUGUCAGUCUUGAAGUAUUCUUUUAAACUGUUUACCAAAGAGUCUCUAAAGUUAUAUAUUGUGUCAAAAUGUUUUAUUUCAAUGUAAUGUUGGCCCAAAACAGAAAUUGGCAGGCUGACUUUUAAGCAUAGAGCUGCCAUUGCUUGGAACUCACUUCCUGAUUCGAUCAAAAAGUCUUCUAGCUUAGAAUGUUUUAAAAAAAGACUUAGAUCUAGCAAGGACUUAAUUAAUUCUAUAAGCUAUAAUAAGGAAUCUUCCAUGAUAAGAAAUAGGAAUGAGGAAUUUCUUUAUUAAUCUUAUUUAUAUUUGUAUUGUUAUUAUUAUUUAUUAUUUAACUUCUGUUGAUUUUCUAUUUAUUCACAUGUACAUACUUUAGUUUUUUUUUUAACAAGUAGAUAGGCAGGUCCACAUCAGGACUUCAGUCUUGCGUAUUCUGUAACCUGCGUUACCAAAUAAACUAUGUAUGUAUGUAUGUAUGUAUGUCUUUCAUUUGUUAGUCAUUUGUAAAGGGUCUAAGAGAAAUGAAGACAUUUCAUACUUGAAUUUUUUUGUGUCCAGCAUUUUGUUCGCUUUUGAAAAUCGAUUCCCCUGAAUAUAAAAUUAUUGAUAUUGCACAGGAUUAUUAUCAAUGUCAUGUCACUGGACAGUGAAUCAAAACCAUUGAAUUACUUAAGUCAAGAAUUCUAGGAAAAAAUUGGAUAACAUACAUUGGGGCCGUUUAUAGAAGAGAAAAUAAGCUGUGGCUUGCUCUGGCUGCGGCUUACAUAAGAGGCAAAAGGAACCAUUUAUACGAGUGCGGCUUACAUAAGACACAAACUGCUGGUAUAAAUGGUUCACACCUUAGGCGGCGGCAGACCAGUCCAAUGAUGACGUAGUUUGUUUUGGUGCGAGCGAGCGAGCCAAAAAAGCGAAACGACUGGCUUUGGUCAGGAAAAUCGCCAUAUUUUACACUGUUGUUUUCUUUUCAAAUUAACAUUUCGGUCAAGUUUAGAGUUAGGCUGUUGAGAAACUUGUGCGGAAACCUCAUCGAAAAGUUCGUCAGCGAUCAGUCAGUUGAGUGGAUUGAAAAUGAUGUUCUGGCGAUGGAUGAGGUGGAGAAAAUGGACGAAAUUUCCGGCUCUCUCGUGAAGCAGGUCAUUUUCCCGCCAAUGCAGCGUGCGUCUCUCGGUCACGAAGGUCUGGUAUAUAACUGAAAACAGAGCAUGUGCGAGUAUGUGCAGUAAUUGUUCACAGCUUCAGCAAUCCGCGGAAAACAUAUGAGUGCAUUUAUAUGAACACUUUCACGUCUAAGUUAAGCCGCGGCUUGGAUAAGCCCAGCCCAAAACUCCUCGGCCAGGAUAAGCCGCGGCUUGAGCUAGCCGUUGGUUGAAUAAGCCGUGAACAUAGAUUUUGUACCAUUUAUACGGGGCGUUUGCGUCUUCUCUGGCCGCGGCUUAUUAUCUCUCGUAUAAACGGCCCUAAUGUCUGUGAUUUCUGUCACUGAGAGAGCCCAAAGGUAUUCCCAACAACUGUUGUCAUCUCUUGUCCAACCCCCUUUACAUGAAAUCCCAGAUAUUCCCCUGCAGGGAACUAAUUUUGGGGGGGAGCUCUCUCACAUUAGUUGAAGCUGAAAAGGUAUUAUUAUGUGGGCACCUCAUAAUAGGGUAUAGGGGUCUUAGUCUUUAAAUGAGCUAUCAUCAUCAUCAAAAUCAUCUUCAUGGCAAUCAUCAUCAGCAUUAUCAUCAUUAUCACUAUCUGGUGAAAAAGAAGCAAAACUACCCAAAACAUUGUUUGCAGGUCGGAGCACUACAUGGGCAUUUGCUCUAGCUCUAAAUACAGCUUUCGAAGUUCUAGGAUGUGCAGUCAAAAUCUUGACAGAAUGCUUCACUUCUCCUCCCCCCUGUAAGCUUCUGACACUUUUGUUCCCCUGUUCGAGCAACCCUUAGAAUUAUAACAAAAUAUCUAUCACUAUGUAUCUUGCUUUUUAUUGCAGAUUCCUCUUAAUGAGGUCGUGGAGCCUCCUGAGUUCGAGGAGAUUGUGAUGGCAAACCAGCCUUUCAACGAGAAUGACCCCAAGAGUAAAAUGCUGGAAUUUCCAGAUGAUGAUAUGGAGGUCACCACUAUCCCUAGGCAGUGUCGCACAGUGUUGCCAUGCUUUCCUAAGGAGUUAGGGUACAUGACUAUAAUUUAUUAGUAAUGGUUAUAAUGAAGGUAGAUCUUAAGGGAAUUAUGAAGCUAUGAUGACAACGAUAAUAGGAAGGUUGAAAGUGCAACAACUUUGCACAAAGUGCUUGAUCCUUUCCUGUAAAGUUUUUCCCAGAAAAAGAAGAAUCCUUCAUCAUGUGAAUAGGAAAACUUGGUACAUUUGUAUGUAUGUCUAUUUGAAGAGGAAGCCAAUAAACUCCAUAAUUAUAGUUUUCUUUGUUACUCUCACAGUUUCAAUUUAUCUUUGUUUCCUUUGUUGCCAUGUCAUCUAUCCAUGUCAGUGUUUUGAAGGCCAAAUGUGCUUGUCAGAAUGUCAAUUAACAGAUGAUGAUAUAGACUGGUACUUAAAAACUAACAGGAAACAGUUGUAGUCUUUGGUUUGUCUGUUUGGGUAGUUUUAUCUACUGUAGCAGUUAAUUCAAGAUUCCUUUUUAAUGCAGAAUUGAGAACAACCCACAGCUCAAAGACAGCAUUCACUGUUAUUCUGCUGACUGGUCAAUUGUUAAUCGCAGGUAAUGUAAUUUAGAAGAAGGAGAAUUCUAACAAUAGAAAGCUCGGAAAAAAUUGCGAGCUCUAGCAGGGUAUUAAACUCAUGACCCUCCAAGUUCUAGUUUGGAUGCUCUAAUCACUGAGCUACUGGAGGCUCUUUGGCGAGCGGGGUCAAAAUCUAAAUUGUACAUGUAACUACAACAGUCAUAUUGGAGACUUGCUCAAAAUUCUGCUUGUUGAAACCAGCCAGGUUUCUGAGCCUUGCCUGUUUUGACUAGGUGCUCACUUAUAUUUUCACUUACUGUUGUUAACUAAUCGGCAGUUAACUCAUGGUGGGCACAUCUCCAUGACCCUGGAGCUAUGCAGAGUGGAGUCUUGUGUUCCUGGUAGGGUGACUUUAUACACGUAUGCACUACAGAUCGGAAGGAAUAGACCAGAUGGGGUGUGAUCCCUGUGCAUAUUUCCAUUUUCUUGUGUAAUCAUAUUAUUACAGUUGGGGAUGGGGAGCAAAUUGACUAAAUCCAGGGAAGACCCCAUGACUUGCCACUUGCCGUAAAUCCUCUAUUAAGUCCCCUGUUGGGCUUAUUUAUUUCAAGCCCAUUUGAGGGGAAGGGGGGGAGGGCUUGAUAGAGAUGGGGGGCUUACUUAAUUUAGAAAAGACAAUAGUAUCAGUUCUCCAUAAAGAACUAGGUUACAAAGUGGAAAAGCUCAAGUACAGGAGGGUUGUAGAUCAUGCGGCCAAGGAUUAGAAUCAAAUCCAAACUUCAAGUUUUUAGAUAAACCAUCUUUGAUCAGUCUACGUGAGUUUGUACAGUCAUGAUUGAUUAAUACAGUCUAUCAUUUAUUAGUGAAGAAUAAUUAGGGGAGGGGAGGGGAGGGGGGCUUAUUAACCGUCUUCUCCUGAAAAGUGGGACUUCUUAGAGGGAGGGGGCUUAUUUGAGAGGGGGGACUUAACAGAGGAUUUACGGUGUGUUACUGAAACACAGUGAAGGGAAACUGGUUAACUGCUUGGAGAAAAGGUGUUAGAGGUAGAAUAGUCCAGUACUGAACAAAUGGUAUAAUAACGUUUUCCCUGAUAUUUAGUAUCAUGUUUAUGGCAAACAGCAAAUGUCAGAUUCAAAUUGACAAUUUACUAAAAUAAGAAAUGAGCAGAUAAAAACUGUAAACUAUGCAUCUCCACUGAAAUUGGUGAGAAACUUCUAAUUGUUUUGUGGACAUAAUGACCAGUGAACAUCAAGUAAAGGAAAUAAAUGAAGUGGUACAAAGUGAUGUUUGCCUUUGCCGUAAACGUUAUUCUAAAUCUUUUUAAUAACUGCCAUCUAAUAUUACUUGCAAUCAGAUAUCAGUUUCGCUCCUCCGAUGAAGGAAGACCAGAUUCAAGACGUCGAAUAGUACGAUCACCAAGCUUUGUUAAGUCACUCCCAAGCCAAGUUUAUGAAAUUGAUGAAAAGGGAAAGUUACCAGAGCAGGUAAGAAUAAGAAUUAAUGCUUGAAUUUACUGCUGCUGUAUUUACACACAUUUAAAAAUACUGGAGUUUUUCUCCGCCAUCACCUUGUGUUAGUCAUUAAAUACCUAACAUGUACAUUCGUACUUGCUCAAGGAAACCUUUUGCAUAUUGAAUGAUGGGAUCAAUUUAGCCUUCUAGGGAACUGCCCACCUACCCCUCCCCUAACUCAAUGUUAACAUUUACUUCUCACUUGGGGCAAAAUGUUGGGUUUGGGUGGGGUGGGUGGGCAGUUUCCCAGAACCUAAAUGAUGCAUGGUCAAUUGCUCAGUCAGAUGAGUACUGGUCUGCCAAAUUACAGAUCUUGAGUUUAACCUUAGCUGGACCAAAAUUCAUGGUCUUAAAGUAACUUUGGAGAAAGUGCUGCCUUUGAAAUGACAUCAGGCACCAGUUGUUCAAACAUUGGAUAGCGCUAUCCACCAGAUAAAUCACUGUCCAGCGGAUAAGUAUUACAGAAAUCAAUUACGCUAUCCCCUGGAUAGUGAUUUAUCCGGUGGAUAGCGCUAUCCGACGUUUGAACAACCGGGGCCAGUUCUAUAAAAUAAUAAUCAAUUUCUCUAGUGUUCUCAGUCAAGGAUGAUAAACCAUGAUUGGCCCAUCUCGCAACCUAAUUGCUGAUAUAAAAUCUGUGGGACAUUAAAGAACCCACAUGCUGUUUGUAAACAGUUAGUGGAUGUACAUUACAGUAGUCGCUGCUGUGGUGGUCUAACUCUGCCAGCAGGUGGUCAGCCUGGCUGGAUUCUUUGGAGGGGCUUCUGAGCAAGUGAGAUCACAAUCACAAAUGGCAGCCAUAAGUCUGACAGUUAUGUGUUGGAUGUUGGAACCCUAAUUAACAGGGCUUCUGAUACUUUGUGUGGUCGCGAAGCCGCGAAAUUCAGGUAAAUCCACAAAAUCCUGCGAAAUUUACAAAAACAUGAAAAAUACCGCGAAAUUUGGUAGAAAUCUUAUCAAAUACAUGUCUGUACAACAUAUUUGAAACUUAUUUCAGCGAUAGGGGCUAUAUACUUGCCGUAAACUUGCAAAUUUAUCUUGGAACUUCGUCACUGAAACGUGCAAACAAUGUCCCAAAACUACCAGGUGUAGAUUAAGUUGCAAAAAACUGGGCACUAGCCAUGAUGUUAAAGGCUUUGCCAUUGGUUCAUUUCUGGAGCGUAUUGUUGUUGAAAGAGCAAGUGGUGACCUCUGUUAGAAAAACGUUAAAAAUUCUGGUCUGAUCAGCACAAAACUGAUCGAUUUCUAGCGAAAUUUGCCUUGAAAAUAACUGCAAAAGUGGCCCUUUUAUCCGAUUGCUUUUUGGUGAAGUUUGCCCCAAAAACUCUUGCGAUAUUCCCACGAAAUCGGCCGAUUUUUCCGCGAUUUGUCCCUAAAAAUCCCACAAAAUUUCACUUUUUCUUCCGCGGCCUAUCAGAAGCCCUGAAUUAAGGAACUCAAGAACUUAGGAGUGAUUUACCCUAAUUUGUUGUGAAAGGAACCUUUGUAGAAUACACAUACAGGGAACAAAGUGUAUUCCCUUGAACUUCAGUUGGAAUUUAUUUUACCUACAGGGUAAAAGUGGUUCACAGCAAAAACUAGCACCACCCUCUAAAGAAGACAGCUUACCAAGGGGUAGCUGGGCAUCAAGGUAAUUAGUCUAAGUUAAUAUGUUAUAAUAAUAUAAUAUUGUUCUGUGAACAUUUCAUUUUUUGUUUUUGAUGAUAUCUCAUCAACAAUUCUAAGCUUAUAAAAUUACAUGUACAUGUAACAGUCUGUAGAUUAUUUGUAGUGCAAUUUGAACCUGCUGUGUUAUGUCUUCUAUGUUUACACAACAAAAGUAAAAUCAAAAGUUUCAGGCCUUGUCUCUAAUCCCUAAUAAUUAUUAUUUGUAUAUCUUAUAAUUCAUAACAUAUAAAUUUUGGCUUUAGGAUAAUAUCAUGGGUGAUGUAUUACUCCUUUAUUUUAGCGCAAAAUUUCAGUGAUAUUUCUAAUUUCACUUGUGAAAUUACAAAAUUGCCAUGGCAACCAUCUGUACGUCUCAGUGCCAAGAUGAUGACAAAGUCUAAAAAUUUUAUGAAUAAAGAUGUCAGGGCAUAAAAAGAUGCUUUAGAAAACCUAAACACAGGAAAGAGCACAUCAAGAAGGAUUCUAACAAAUAUUUUGUUGAAAUAUUCGGAAAAUUCUGAACUUGAGCCAAAUUUAAACUGUAAAUUUUUAAGAUCGCAGAGUUCUUGAUCGAUAUGAUAAAACCAGGAUAAACAUUUCAAAAAUCCACUAUUGCGAAUGAAUUCAUCAUUUUGAUCCAUGAAAUGAAUAGGUAUUUUAUCAAAUGGUAUACUCAUGAAAUAAGGGAAAUACAGUCAACUCUCUCUAAGACGGACACCUUUGGGACCGGAACUAGCUGUCUGUCUUAGAGAGAUGUCCGUCUUAUAGAAAGUCAAAUAGAGGGAGCUAAGAAAGGCAGGGACCAACUCUAGGUGUCCGUUUUACAGAGGUGUCCGUUAAGAGCGAGUCGACUGUAUUUCACUUGAGUUUUGUCCAAAUCCUAAUAAUUUCCUGAGCCUUUAGUUAGUUAAGUUAAUUAGUUUAGUGAAUUAUAAGAAUUUGGACAAGACACAUGUGAAAUUAUUCCCUAAUUUCACUCGUCACCAUUUGAUUACAUAUACUUAUGUUACACCUCUUUGCAGUGCUACUGUAGUCUGUAGAAUAACAUAUAUGAUCACAUUUCAUCACUGAUCACACCUGUUACUUGUGAUUUAUACCCUAUAUUCUGUAUUCCUUUCAUUAGCAUUUUUGACCUGCAGUCAUGCAACCCUGAUUCUCUGCUGCCAACUGUUCUUGAACGCACUCCAGGGGAGGAGGUGGAUCGUGCAAAUGAAGAAGAUCGCCAGCUUCACAGGAUACACUCUUUAUUUUCCAUAUAUCCCAUUCAGCAGGUAUAAUUCAGGGCUCUCUUUACGGGGGCUAUGUCAUUAUGGAUAUUGCUGUUUUGGGUCAAUUCUGUGCUGAGGUCAUUAUCGGUAAUAACUGUAUAUACUGGCAACUUAUAAACUUCUUUAAAAUAACGUAGCAACAGCCCUGGCCCCAGUUGUUCAAACAUUGGAUAGCAAUAUCCAGUGGAUAAGUAUUAGCGAAUCCAAUAACGUCAUGCACUGGAUAGAGAUUUAUUUGAUGGAUAACGUUAUCCACCUUUUGAAUAACUGGGCCCUGUUCAUGAUCAUGAUCUAUUUUUCAGGAGGAGGGAAUAGAAAAGAGAGUUCCUGCCACUAUUCCUCAGGAACAUUUUGGGCAGAGAAUUUUGGUGAAGUGUCUUCAACUCAAGUGAGUUAUUUUGUCUGGAGGUAAUGUGAUGUUUGCAUUGUGGUAAAAUACUUCCCAACACACUAAUUUUCUUUUAUUUUCCAACUUUAGGCUUGAGUUGGAAGUUGAACCAAUAUUUGCUACGAUGGCUUUGUAUGAUGGCAGGUUGAAGAAAAAGGUAAUUGCGUUUCAAUGUGAAGUUUAAUACACGUAGUUUAAAGCUCAUCCAGACUCCAUUAAUAUGUACUUAUACCUGGCAAGAGCCUUGAGUUGGGGCAAUUUUGGACAACUUGUAAUCCAGCCAUACAUGUACUUUUUCAUGGUCUGGCCGUUUGCAACGAAAUUGGUCCACACAAGUCUUGAAGAAAAUUUGUCCAGUGCUCAAAUUUUGUUAAUUGUUGAGGGCAGUUGCAUCUUUGUUUAAUAAGUUUAUGAGCAAGUUUCCAAACAAGACUUACAUCCCCAGACAAGUGAGUAUAAAACGUUACUAGGUUGUAGCUAUUAGUUUGAGCACGGCAAGAGCACAACAUAGACAUUACACCUUUUGGAUUCAAUGAUAAGUUACAAGCCUCAUCUGGCUUCUUGUGAGACGAGUGUCUUGUUGUUUCAUUGUUGAGUGCUAAACAUUCUGAAGACAUUUGAUACUUGCAGUUUCAGUUUAAGCCUCUUGCGAGACUAGAGUCUUGUCUCUUGAGACAAGACUUAUGUCUCCUUAGAGGGUGGUAACUUAGUUUGGAGCGGUAAUCCCAUACAUGUCUUUGAUGUCCUCUGCCAAUUAUCAUGUGAAAUUUGGUAAUGAGAUGUUUGAUGAAGGAUAUGAAUUUCCCUUAAUCUCUCUUUGAACUUGAAUACAGAAAAGAUUAUCUAGAUUUGAUAACUUGAGUGAGGCUAAUGCAAUACAGUUUGAAAGGAUGCAAAUUCAUUUUUUGCAGUGAUGCUUUCACUGCGCGGUUGUCUUCAUGGCUGCAUGCUUAAGCUCUCCCUGAUAAUUUCUCCAGUCUUCAUAGCCAAUAAUAUCAUGCCUGAACUGACAGACGACCAAUAACAUCGCGACUUAAUUGACCAGUCUGCCCCAACCAGAGUUUAAUACCAUCAGCUGACGUGAUACAACUCACUUUGACUCUAAAGAUGACUGCCACUUAGCUCGCUGAAACGUCAGUCAGUGUUAACAACAGUCCUAUUCAGAACGAUGUCAUCGGGACGAUCAUGCUCAACGUACAGGAGCACCCAACGUCAAUUUUUGGAAAAUAUCUGUUCGGAAGACGAUUUGAGAUCUAGAAUUUUUGGAACAUUUGUUGUAAAAUUUCUUGCUUGCCUGCCUCUCCUACGAUUUUCGAACAUCUACAAAAUGGUAUACUUGCCCAUUUUUAACGGAUUUUUACCCUAAAAAGGCCACCUAAAAUUUUCGGGAGCCUCGAAAAGGUAAGUUUUGACCCCUAUAAUUUUCGGAUCACUAGACUUUCAGCUAGGAAAUCCGAACAGAUGAAAAUUUUUAGGGGAUAAAAAUAUGCGUAUAUCUACCGUUUAAAUGCUAAAAUACGUUUAACGAUGCUAUGUUUAAGUGGUUUUGAACUAUAUUCUCGUUGGGUGCCCCUGAACGUAUGGUACUUAUGAAAUGUUUCUGCCUUUUUUCAAUCCCCACUGCUACAGAUAUCAGAAAAUUUCCACUUUGACAUGAACAGUGAGUGGUGCAGAAAACUGGUCAAAGAACACAAUGCUCGCAUAGAUAUCUCCACUCUGAGCCGCUCUGCUAUAUUCUCCAUCACAUACCCCUCAUCAGAUGUAUUUCUUGUCAUCAAGUUGGAGAAAGUUCUACAGCAAGGAGACAUAAGUGAAUGUGCAGAACCCUACCUGAAGGACACUGAAAAUUCCAAGGUUUAUACUUUUUAUUAUUGAUUAAGUCAAAUAAAUGAAUGGUUUAAUGUAUUCACCACAAAAAUUACAAUGAUGAGUAAUAACUGCACCACAAAUUAAGGCCGAAACAAAUUAAGGGUCAAUAGAUGAAAGACAAACCAAAAGCAUAUGGGUGUGAGAGGGUGUAUCAGGAGUCAGGAACAGAACUUUCGUCCCAAUAGGCCCUUUGCAGCUAGCCAUUCACGUGGUACAAAACCGCCGAGCUGGAGAACAAAGGUUGCACUGGGACAAGACAAUCAAAGAAAAUUACCAUUUAAAAUUAUGUAUGUCUUUUGUUUGUCUUGUCCCAGUGCGACUUUUGCUCUCCAGCGUGGCGGUUUUGUACCAGGUGAAUGGUUAGCUGCAAAGGACCUAUUGCAACCUAACUUCCUCAAAGUAAGACAAGUUAACAUCACAACAUUACUGAUUACAACAUUGGAGGAUUAUAGGUCUCAAGUUUUGAAAGAUGAAAUUGAACAGUUUAACAAAUUGCUGACUAACAUGAACUGGCAUGGUAAAGAGUUCCAUUACUCUGCAUUCCUAAUGAAGUAUAGACAUUAACAGCAAAAGAGCAAAGAGAAAAGCGACUGGAGGUUUCCCGAUAUUUCGGACGGACAAGCCGUCCUUCUUCAGGGGAUUUAAUAAAGAAUCGGAAAGUCGUUACAAUUCGCCCUACACUUAAUUCCAUCCGUUAAACUGACGUUGACACAUUAAUGAUUCGUACACAAAGUAGGGUUAGGGUUAGGAUUAGGGUUAGGGUUAGGGUUAUAUAUUUAAAUCAAACUGAUAUUCAUCACCAAAUUCUCGGUGGUAUAGGGGUUAGAGUGAUGCACUCCAGAUCGAAUGCUCCGAGUUCGAAUCCUACUCAUUCUAUCCUGAAUUGUUUUUUCCUUAAAAUUUGAAGACACUUUGACUUUUAUGAACAUUUCAUCAAGAAAUUUCAUAUAAGAAAAGUGAAAUGUCUUGUGAGAGGAGGAUGUCAGUUUGGUGGAUGGAAUUCAGAUAGUAUAGACGAGUAGUUGUAAAUUUGAUAGAAAGGUAAUGUUCAAAAACUAAAUGGCCCAAUAAUGAGAAACGAUUGAGACAAAUGAGAUAUAUUGGCAACUGGAAAAAAAAUAUAAAUAUAAUAAUAAAUAAAUAAAAAUAAUUGUGUUCGUAAAUUAUGUUAAUUAUUGAUGUCAUAUUGCCGUGUUCGGUAUUGUGGCGCGUGCGCACCUGAGCUUUCUAAUAUCAGUGGAUAUAAGGCUGUUUCGAAUUCUAGACUUGAAAUAGAAACCGUUUCUUGAAACAAAAAUAAAUAAGUUAUAAAUAAAUACUGCAAAUAAAUAAAUAAAUAAAUAAAUAAAUAAGUAGGCAGCAAUUUAUUAGUGGUAGUACAUCCUCAAAGUGAAUCUUGUCUCUGGAGCUUCUAAGCUGUCAUACACCUAUUUUCACCAUCUUUUUUUUUUCAAAGCUAGGUGUGGUUGUUUGGGUCAUGCAUUUGUUUUUUUUGUUAGCUAACGAAGCAAAUGAUCGUUAUGAGAGCUUUAUUGCGCCCCUUUUGUUUAAUUUUUUGGAUCAAAUUGGAAUUGAAAAUGUUGGUUUUGCAGAAAAGGAGAAAACUGGUCAAAACCAAAAAAAAUAAAUGGGCCUGGGAGGGUGUGUCAGGAGAUAGGAACAGAACUUUCGUCCCAAUUGCAACCUAACAUGGCCAUGAAUAGUAAAGGAAGCACUCACGCGUUUCGCACGCAAACGCGUGCGUGCUGGACGCGUGUACGCCAAAAUGGUGCGUUCGUUUGGCAUGUGCGUUUGCGCUUAUCUCUGAGCUGCACUGUAAAUGCUAUUUUGUCUUGUUUUUUAUCGUUUCAGCAUAAAGACAAGAUUCGUACACUCGCUAUAGCAAACUGCGAGAGACUUGGAAAGUAUCGGAUGCCUUUUGCUUGGACUGCUAUUCACUUGGUGGACAUCAUAAGUGGAAAACAAGCUAACACUGACCCAGGACCACCUCAAGAAAAGGAUUCUGCAACGUCAUCACUUCCAAGUCGAAGGGUACAUACAAUAUAUACCAUAGAAAAGGACGACCAAAAAACAGUUGCUUGUACUUAGUAAAAAGAGUUGUGUCUCUAAAUUAAUCAAAAUUCAAACUGUGGGAAGUUCUAUUAAAUUGGUUGAAACAUAAAAAUAACCUCUCAAAACGUUAAACGAGGGUAUGAAAAAUAUACCAAAGGUUUUUGGUUUGUCCGACCAACACGGUGACUUCGUUGGACCACUUCUUGUGAGCGACCACCUCUUAUAAGAGAGGUUAAGCAUCACUUUUACCUCAAACGACGGUCGUGAAUUUGUACCCCUUGACCAAGUUUCCUCUUUACUUGUCGUUUACUGUGCAUUAUUUCUACGCCUAAAUUAGCAGUUCCACGCAAUUUUUCAUCCGUAAGAAUUGUUUUAAGCUGUUUUUAUCUGCUCAUUUUCUAUUUUGAGAAGUUCUCAACUUGAAUCUGACGUCUGCGGUUUGAAGUAUACGUGAAGCUUAAACUCUCUUUAAGCGACCACCAAUCCAAAGCACCAAACUUCUACUUUUCAAAGCCCAAUAAUUAGUACCCCUCGUAAACGAUCACCUAUCUUAAGCGCCCACGACCACUCUCUGUGCUGACAGUUUUAUAAAUUUCCAUUGUUUUAAACCUCUUGAGGGCGACCACUUGACGCAAAGUCUGAUCUCUUAGUUCGCUGUUAGUGUAAUUGCUACCCCUGGCCCUCUCACAAUAUACCACAUCUGGAAGUUCGUUUUCGACUUUAUUUAUUAAAUAUAAACAUUUUUGUGACUUAUGUUGUUUUACAGCAAUCUAGUAUGGUGGACUCUCCUUCUUCAUCGCUUCGUUCCAGCCGUAGCUCAGUGUACGAGAGUCGCAAGUCAAUUCAUUUAGCUGAUGGGGCCGAGUUUGAGCCAGUUCCUGAUCUGACAAAUUUUAGACCAGUAACACUGACUGUCAGCAGUUUCUUUAAACAGGUAAUUUUAAAGUUUUGGAUCCUCUUAUUAAGGGGGCUAGACUGGAUUUUUAAGGGGGGGCGGGAGGAGGGGUGGGGUACCGCUAAGGUUUGAGUAUUUACCACGCGGGCAUUAACAAAAAGACGGAAAAAGAAUACCACAAGAUGAAAAAAGAUAAAAAUAUUGUGCCUUUUCAAAAAUGAUUUUGUUAGAAGAUGAAUUGCUUGGACCGUUGGCCAUCAGGCAAGUGAACCUUUAUUGAAAUCUACUUGUCCUUGACUACCGGACGGGGCGUUUUUCGGGUAGCCUGCUACACAGCCGUUUUUAGAGUCGUCACGCAAUGCUCCUUUAGUGGAGAGGAGCAUUGCGUGACGACUCUAACAACGGCUGUGUAGCAGACUAUUAUUUUUUCGGGGGACCUGCACAUGUCCUUAACAGGGGCGUAGCCAGGAUUUUUCCAGAGGUACGCACAAUUUUCUGCAACAACGUUUUCAUGUUUAAUACAUCCAGCUUACAGCUUACUACACGCUUUUUACCUCCUUUCGGGCCUUUUCUCUAAAUAUACCGGUCCACCAAAAAAUGACGCGUGUAAGAAAGAAAACGUCUUUUGCUUUAGGAAAAAAAUAUUUCAAAGAAACAAAUAAAUGAAUUGUCUGAGUAAAUUAUUGUGUUUUUUUAAUUAAUUUUUUUUCAGAUAAUUCCAUUUUAAUCAUAUUGAUCGAUUGUUUUACUAUCGACUCUUUCAGGUGCGCACAUGCGUACCUUGCGUAAAAGUAGCCACGUCCCUGCUUAACCUUUGCCCAUUUUGUUUUAUUGUUUUACUUUUCACAGGAAUCUGAUAAGUUAAAAGAUGAUGACCUGUACAAGUUUUUAGCUGACUUAAAGAGGCCUUCUUCAGUACUAAAACGGCUCAAGUGUAUUCCAGGUAAUUUUCAAUGAUUGAGGCUGAGUAUCUUAUGAAGAGUUUUGGAGAUCGAGGCGGAUAACUCCCUCCUCGUGGGUGUCCUCGAUCUCCUUAAACAACUCAACCUCGUCCCAAGGUCUUCUCGGUUAACGGUGCAUUAACCUGCAAAAAAGUUGCACUUUUGACGUCAUCGGUUGAUUGAUCGCAAAAUUCUUCCAAAUGUGGUCAUCAGUAGCUGGUUAUGGUGAAUUAUGCGUGUGCUUUUAGCCAGUCGGAAUCGGGAAAAUAUUUUGAAUGAAUAAUGAACGCUUUUAUCGUACUAAUGAUUCUCUCAGCCCAGUCUUAAAAUAUCAUAACGACCGUCAAAUCCUUAACACAAGACGGAAUCUCCUUCAACAUGAAGCCAGUUUUUAAAAUCUGGGUUGUUUAGAGAAAGGGAUCGGAUGUUGAUUAUUUCAGAUCGAUGAAAUGAGUUAGUUAAGCCUCAAAAAGGAGAGUGCUUUUUUUAAAUUCCUCGGCUUUCUCAAGGUGUGUUUUAUUUGUUUUAUUUGUUUUUGUUUUGCAGAAUUCUCUCAUGUGAGGCAUUAGUUCAUUUCGGACAGCUAUUUUAAAUUACUUACCUGUUGUCUUGUUAUUUACAUCUUGUAGGAACCCUAAAGCUGGACAUUUCACCUCCCGGCGACAAACCACCAUAUUGCUUAACCUCCGAGUUACAUCAGGUACUGUAUAUAUGCGUUAUUGACAAAAAAGAAGGUCACGAUGGCUCGAUAUUGACCUAGUUCCUUACUGCGUUUUAAUGGCCGAGAAGAAGUCGAGCGGGUCCAACGCGGUAAAUCCCGAGCAGGCUAGAUAGGGCCAUCUUGCCUGCUCGGGUAGCCAAUUAGAACACAGGAUUCGAUUCGCAGGGCUGCAAAUAACGGACAGCAGGUUGCCGGUCAUGAUGACCGGCCAAAUAUUUUUUAGCCCGGACAAACCCCGAUUCUGGCCGGUCAAAUAAUGAAUACUAAUAAUUUUUUUUUGCCUAAGGAAUAUCCAAUUAUGCUGGCAAUAGAUCGUUAUUACUACAUUGAUGUUCACAUUUUUUACAGCAAAUUGGUGAAAAAUGCAUUCGCACGUUGUAGAGUUCCUUUCCGCGGUUUUCGCUCGUUUUAAUGUUACGUUCUACCUUGAGUAUCAUUGCACGGCGGUGUCAGAAGUCUCUAGAGGUAAAAAGUGAAGCGUAAAUCCUUUUGAAACUCCCAAGGUUGAGGAAACGGAAUACACAUACAGUUCAGCAAACUUUAGAAAUAACGAAAAAAAACCCCAAAAAAUUGGGUUAUUUUACAAAAUCUGCACACGCUUGUUUUACGUUGAUGUUCCGAAAUGAACAUCGGUGAAACUUGAUCUUUUUCCUUGCCUGGCAUGUGAUCGAAAGUCACUUCCUCAAAGAAGAAUCGUCGCUGAUAUUUUCGGCAAAGAAGUUGAUUUGCAUUGGCGAGAAGUUUGUUCCACAAACAGCGUGUUGAUGAUCAGAAGUCAAUAAAUAAAUUUGGGUCAUCGCGCAACAUUUUAUCGCGAAGGGCUCAAAUGUCAACAGAAAUUUGCAUAAAGUUGUUUACAAGAACGAGAAUCUAGCGCCGCGAUAGACGACGACCUUCCCUCUUGAGUAGCUUAAAUUUUUAUCAGACCAUUCUGGAAUCGAGUCUGCAAACGAGAUUCAUGUUCGACAUAAAAGAAAUUAUUAUUAAUCGAUGCGCUAACAUUUAUUCCCGGAGAAACACAGGACGACCUGUUGAGAAUUGCGAUCGAUUUGCCUGAAUUCCUUCGAAUUCCCAAAGAAGAUCACAUUGCUGAUUACAUCAAAGCCGAAAGUACAGUACGACUUGCAACGUUGCGUUACUUUCCAACUCAGUUUGUUAUUCACUUUGUUGCGUUAGAUUACGACAUGACGACAUGAAAUUAAUUUAUUGCGGCGUUCUUUUUCUUAGAAGGGUUUAGUGCAAAGCAGCAAAAAACGCCAAAGAAAAAAGAAAAUCAUUGCAGGGUUAUAGAGCAUUAAGCGACAACUGUAUGGAAAAUAAAGUGUUUGUAUCCAAAAAUGACCGGUCAAAAUGACCGGCAAGACCGGAGUUUGACCGGUCAAGUCCGCGAUCUGGCCGGACAUUGUCCGUUGACCGGCCGUUAUUUACAGCCCUGGAUUCGUCUUGCCUGCUCGCCAAUUCAGCCAUAUAUAAUAACUGAAAACGACGUACUUGAAAUGUUUGAGCAGGCAUCACGGCGCGAGAAAAGAAAAGGAAGGAGCUCCUUCCCCUUAUCUCUAUUUCACUGUGGGAGACCUCUGUGCAGGGAUUGUGAAGCCAUGCUAUGUUAAGGUGUAUCUCGAGGGUUUUUUUCUGUAGGCUAGUCGCCACUUUAGAAACCAGAAAGAGACUGGGUCGAGUUAUCUUUCGCAAAGACUUCUGGGAAUGUUACGAGGGACAGGACAAACAAAUUGGCCAGUAGCUGAAUGGCGUGUCCCCAUUAACGAUCCCAUAAGUCUUUUCGAAGUGGCGACUUGUUACGAACUAACGUUUACUGUAACUCUUAACUCACUAAGCGCUCUUGAAUGCGGGACCUGGUUUCUGUGCGGUCUCUGCGAUUGCUACAAUAGCUGAAGAAAGUCUGGAAAGCGAUAAUAAUAUAGAAACCGGCUUUAAAAGAGAAAUUAGGAGCACCUGAUCCAUUGCUGUCGUAACGAUCUCUGUAAACGCUAAGUUCAUUGUAAUCGUCGAAUAGUUGUUUCAAUAAUGUCUGUUCUAGAUCAUCGCGGUCAUGUACACAACUUAACCAAUUGCGAAAAAGAAAGCCUAAAAAAAUCAUGCUUGGAUCGGACUCGAACCAAUGACCUAUGCGAUGCUGGUGCAGUGCUCCUAACCAUCAAGCCAAUUGGUAGCUGGUCACUUUGUGUGUUGGUAAUAAACCUGUAGAAGAUGUUUUAAAUCUUUCCUCCGCCGUUGAAAUUUCAUAGUUAUGUCCACUUUGAUAACUGCUUUUACCAAUGAACUUCUUUUUCAGUAUUCCAAGCCCUUGCAGCUAUUGCGUCGAUUUAACUUAUAUCAGAUGCUAAAUCUUAAAGAUUUUGUACAACUUUGUGAUAUUGUUUUAUCCUCACAUUACAUUCAGUUGAUGUGAAGCAAACUGUAUUCCUUCUAGGUUAACCCAUACCCUGAUGGACAGGGGCGACCAACAAAAGAAAUUGAAGAGUUUGCACCAAAAGAAGUGUUCUCACCUUAUUUGACGUACAAGUAAGUGUAGUCGACAUAUGAUUAUGGUCGAUGUUAAAGGGACUGUGUCAUGGCUGUCUAGUUCCUUUUUCUUAUUAUUAUCUCCAAUUACAUACUACUUAUUAACUGAGAGUGAGGUCAUUACAGGGAAAUGUCAGACCUCGGCCUCGGCCGGCCCCCCAGCUGUCAAUUGACUAUAACAUUGACGUUCCUAAGGAUGUCCACUAUCAGCUUAAACACAGCUUGUAUAUGCUUCUUAGCCAGUAAUGCCCGGUCAUUACAAGAAAACAGCCAAUCAGAGCGCGCGUACUAUUGUAGUCAUAUAAUAAGUGUCCGUAUUCGCAAUGGAACGCAACGUUAGUGAAUAAAGUACUUGAAAAUAGCAAAAUGGUAUCUUCGUGUCAAACAAACGUGGCUACCAAUAUCAAACGUUACAAUUAACAAGAAAAAGCUUUUGAAAAUUGUUAGGCUAACAAGUUUUCAAAAGUCACAAUCCCAAUCCGUUUCAGUCUUCUUUAAGCUACGUUCAAACGGACGCAACAACUCCCAACAUUAAUGGCCCAACAAUGUUGUAGACUGCAAAACAGUCGGUUUUAUUUCUCAAAAUCAGUAAAGAAAUCGGAAAGCGUGGCGUAAGAGUCUUAAGCGCGCGAGCCUCACGAGGCAUGAACAAACAUCUGAUAGAUAAGGCUGUUGGUAGGACACAGAAAACAUCCUUUCCCCUGAGCAGCAACUCCAAAGCUUCCCUCUGCUCCGAUUUUAGAGCAAAUCCAGGAAAUCAACAUCCGUCAUUUUACAGCGAAAGCUUUAGGAAUCUAUUUAUCAUGUGCGGUACGGAAUAUCGCGAAUGACUUGUUGAAAACAUUAUUUGACAGCUUGCAUCGAAAUUUAGCCACUGGGAAUUGCCCGUGGCUGGGAGAAGCGGAAAAUUCGAACGAAAAUAACGUAUGCAAAACGGCCAGUCCGUAUUUUUAGGGUCUCUCCCCAGUCUCGCUCUCUGUUUUCAGCCUCGUUCAAGGCCUUUUGUUUGACUGCUCGCGCAUAUUUGAAUACGCAAAAAUACAGACUGUUUUGCAGUCUAACACUGUUGGGUGUUGUUAGAGUUUGAUUCGAGGACGAGGACGACUACAAGGACGACAUUUAAUUUUAAGUUUUCUCACCUAUUCUCUAAAGUAGACACCACUGAAAACUUCAUUGAACUUUUUUCACCAACAAAGCUAGUACGCUUAUUUACGUUGAAGGAGGUUAAGCCCUGUCCCGAUCGCUAAAUAAUAAAAUUUCUAAAACUGGAUAACUUGUUUUUGCCUCUACGAUAUUCUCGCUAAAACUCUUAGUAGAUUGACGAUGACUACCACAUUUUCCCGCCAAAAUGACGUUGUUUCGUGCGCGUGCACUACUUAGUAUUGGGAAAAUCUGGUUCUCGUAGUCUCGCCUUAUAAUCUAAAGCUCUCUAUUUAUACCUUCUUCUAUGUUACACAACUCCUUUAACCUGGGCUGCAAAUAUAACCGCAUCUCUUCGCUACCGGCUGAUUGGGAUGUGUCGCGAAACGCCUUAACGACGGGGAGCGAUGAGCGGCGACUGUAUACGCAGACUACUGUUAACUAAAAUUUACGUUAUCCUGAUCCUAACAACAACCUAAAGCCCCGUGCAAACGGACGCAACAUUGUUGGCCAACAACUCCCAACAUUUUUGGAUGUUGCAUGUUGCGUCCGUGUGCACACCCUGUUACAUGUUGUUGUGUGUUGUUGGGAGUUGUUGCGUGUUGUUGCACAAAGUUUUAAACUGGUAAAAAUUUUGAGCCUACAGCUCCCAACAUUCUUUUGUUCCGAAGCGUAACGCAACAAUGUUGGAUCCGUUUACACAGCUCUUCAAACAUUGUUGGAGCCUCUCACGUGCUUUACACAUGGUCUCCAAAGUCUUAACACGGUGCACUGCAGGUCCCAAGAUUGUUGGGAGUUGUUGCAUCCGUUUGCACGUCACUGCCAACACGAACGCAACAACUCCUGUUACUGCAAUAUAUGAAUUAUUCUCAGGUUGAAAACUAUGUAACCAAUUCGUUGAGCAAAUGACUAAAAGCAAUGAUUUAAGUGAAACCUAACAAGGUUUAGAGUCCCAUUUCGUUGGAGGCAAACCAAUUGGUUUUUCACAAGAGUGGUCGAGGAGUCGAACUCGGGGCCACUGAGAACAAUUCUUGGUAGCGGUUAGUGCAGAGCUUGAACUUGGGGAAGAGAGGGGGGCUUAUUUGAGAGAUGGGGCGCUUAAAAGGAAAUUUACGGUAUAAUAUCAUAGGUGACGAAUUGCUCCUUAAUUUUGGCGCGAAAUUUCAGCGUUAAUUUGUAAUUUCACGUGUGAAAUUACAAAAUUGCCAUGGCAACCCUUCCGUAUGUCUCAGUGUCAAGAAGGCGACGAAGUUUUAAAAUGCCGUGAAUGAAGACGUCAGGGCACAAAAAGACGCUUUAGAAAGCCUGAACACACAAGAGAACAUCAAGAAGGAUUCUAACAAGUAUUUUAACGAAAAAGUCUGAAAAAUUCUGAACUUUAUAAGCCAAAUUUAAGGUCUAAACAUUUGAGAGAGGAGUUCUCGAUCGAUACGAUCCAGGAUAAACAUGUCAAAAAUCCAAGAUUGCUAACGUAAUUCGUCACCCAUGAUAUUAAUAGGUUAUCAAAUGGUAUACUCGUGAAAUUAGGGAAUAUUUUCACUUGCGUUUUGUCCAAAUCCUAAUAAUUUCCCUCGCCUGAAAGCUCGGGAAAUUAUUAGGAUUUGGACAAAACGCAAGUGAAAUUAUUCCCUAAUUUCACUCGUCACCAUUUGAUUACAUAUACUUAACUUAUAUUUUAGGAACCUGCUGUAUGUGUACCCACUGAGUGUGAAUUAUACCAGCCGCAGUUCAUCAGCCAGAAACAUUGCAGUCAAAGUACAGUUCCUUGGAGGGGAAGAAAUGCCACCACUUGAGGUAGGAUUCGUGCUCUAAGGUCCUUUACUGAAGCAAUGAAUUCACUAAACACUGAAUAAAUUAUUUUGAUUUUGUGUGUUUCAGUGCGUAUUUGGUAAAUCAAGUACCGCAGCUAUGCAGUCGGAAGCUUGGUCAGCUGUUACUUAUCACAAUAAGUAGGUUUUUUUGUUAUUGUUGGCUUUUAAAUGCUAAGCCCGCGUCAAACAGUGUACUUCACAAGAGCCGGCUUUAUGUCGGUUUGGGACGACUUACUUAUAAAGUUCGCCUGUUUGUCUGCAGAAUCGGUCUUUUCGCUCAGCAGCUUUGCAAAGCAGAUUGACUUGAGUUCAGCUCAUGUGAACCUCUUCUCACCCCACUCCUACCCGGCGCAAAACGCUUUCUCUCCUUGGAUGAAUUAAGGUUUCUGGGACACAAGGGAUCAAUUCAGGUCUCUGAGAAACUGCACACCUACCCAUCCCCUAAGCUAACAUUACCACUUACGUUUCAUUUAGGGCAAAACUUUGGCUUAGGGGAGGGGUAGGUUGGCAGUUUCUCAGAGACCUAAAUUGAUCACUUGUGUCCCAGAAACCUUAAUUGAUCUAAGGAGAGAAAGCGUUUUACGCCGGGUAAGAGUGGGGUGAGAAGAGGUGACGUGUAAAAUCCACACCUUUUGUAAAUUGUUUCAACAACAGAUUUUAAAAGUAUUUUAGUUCCCUUAAUAAUAAAAUUGACCACUUUUGAUUUAUUUUGUUGUUAUCGUAGGGCCCCAGACUUUUAUGAGGAAAUCAAAAUCAAGUUACCACCUAAUUUGACACCAGAGCACCAUCUGCUGUUUACGUUUUACCAUAUCAGCUGCUCAACAGGAAAAAAACCCGACGAGAAAGGACCGACUGAAACUCCCAUUGGAUACACGGUAUACAAUAAAGCCUGCGAAAACAGCCGCUCCUCGCCGCUGGGAACGUCUCGCGAGGAGGAACGUCUGCGACUCAGCGACAGAAAUUUCAUACUCAUGACGUAAAUCAAUAUUUACAUAAUAAAUCCGGUAGUCAUGGGGUUCCGAAUGCACAUUUGUUCGAUUUAACGUUUCUCCUGGUCGAUUUUGGUUAUUGUGUUCAUUUGCGAAACUCAAAUGCUAGCGCUAGAGAAGAAUAUAUUCCAGAAAUAUUGACUGUUUUGUUAUAGAUUCAUCGCGUUUACAUUUGACCUUUGUAGCCUUAGGUCUUUUGUCUGUCAUUCGUAAACAAUAGCUAAAACAAUGUAACUACUCCGUCGACCAAUCAGCGCUUCUGACCGGAUUCCGGACAGAUUUUACGUCAUCAGUAUGGAAUUUCUGUCUCUGAGUGGCAGACGUUCCUCCUCGAGCAACGUCUCCAGCGGUGAGGAGCGAGGAGAAACGGCUGAUUUCGCAGGCUUUAUAUGAACUUGAAAAAACAUUCAUGAUAGAAAUGUUCACGAGAAGUUAAGGCCCCGUUCACACGGAAACGCUAAAGCAAUGUAAAUACGAUAGCAUCCCUUUCGGAGCAUGCGUCAUGCUAGAAGUAUAUCAUGUAUGACAUCAUCGUAUUCGAAAACCUCCACUUUCGUCCGUCCACACGUUAACGAAAAGCCGGCGUUUUCGGUGACCAUUUCACUGGAUACGUGUGGACGGUAGGCCAAACCGGAGAAAGAAAUAUCCCUUUUGAAACGAAAACGGAUACGUGUGGACAGGGCUAGCCUGUGUACAGACCGCUACCCCCUCGCCUCAGGAAAAAUCGGAGAAGGUUUCCUAACGGGAGGGGGAGGGGUCUGUACACAGGCUAGGACAGGGCCUAAGUCAAUCAAUGAUCAUUACAGUAGGAAUUCAAUUACAUUGUAAGCUGUUCUGGAAAGACGCCUGAAACAAACAAACUCCAAUGAUCAAGAUAAAAUUAUAGUGAUCAUGCAGUAACAAUUUUUUCCACUACACUCAUGCCUUUUUGAUGUCUCACUGUAGUGGACACUCUUGUCCAACAGAACCCUGCAACUUCACAAAUUGUAUUGUGUGUAAUUCGCGCUCGAUAAUAAGGAUCUAUUUGGACUAACUGGCGUAAAGACGCGUGUUGUUUUUUUGUUUGUGUUCAACUGCUCAGGGUCGGCCAGGGUUUUUGGGUAUACGGUAUACAGGGGCUUUUUAAAUCGGGUAUACGGUAUAUUGCAGCUUAAAUACGGGUAUUCGGUAAAUCACUUUCUUUGAAUUUCAGGUAUAAAGUAUACCUGGGUAUAAUUUUGGGUAUAUUUGGAUGAAUUUGGGGUAUUUUUGGGUAUUUUGGCGAAUUUUUUUCGGGUAUACUGGUAUACCACUACCCCCCCUGGCCGAUCCUGACUGCUGCUUUUGUCGUUUUAUUUUUCUUAAACAGUGGAUUCCUGCUCUGAAUGAGGGACGGCUAUCCCUGGGUGAAUUUCUUCUUCCUGUUUCGUUGGAGAAACUACCUUCAAGCUAUAGCAUGCUCUCUACAGAGGUAACAGAAUGAAAGUCUAGUUAGUUGUUAAUUGUUGCCUAUUACUAUAAAAAAGUGCUGUGUGCGGAUAAGGUUUCAUUUGAAUGGUCAAACGAUUAGAUUUUAUCCACUGACUCAAAGUCACAACUGCGUACGAACUGAAUACCGUAUCCUCUCUCUAAUAGCCCCUCAUUUGUUAGGGGAAGGAAGAAAGUUAUUAUAUACUCCCUCUCAUUCUUUAGUAGAAUGUAUUACCUUCUCACGACUGUGACACUUCGUGUGGACUGGUCCGAUAUGAUUUACUCACGUACUGGAAAUUCGACGUUGUUUUGGAUCUUCGGCUGAAUGACCUCCAACUUCUUGAGCCUGAGUUUUUCCACUUGUCUAGUUCUUUAUAAAUAAAUGAUAUCACCAGCUUCGCUAAAUUAAAUAAGGAUCACCUCUUUUAAAUAAGCCCCCCGCAAAUGUGCUUGAAAUAAAUAUUCCCCGGGGGUUCUAAAGAUACGGAAAAACGGGCAACAAGAAACUGUGCAACUUGUCUUGCAACAUUGCUGCAAAACGAGUUUAAUGGUGAUGUUGCGCGUUUUACCACCCACAUCAAACCCGUCUUGGAACAAAUCAGGUUGUUAACAGGUUUGAACGUGGGUGGUAAAACGCGCGACAUCACUAUUCAACUCGUUUUGCAGCUAUGUUGCAACACAAGUUGCACGUUUUUUGUUGCCGUUUUUCGGUACCUUUAAUAGAGGAUUAACGAUGGUAUCAUGUAAAACCACUGCUGAGGAGGUUUUAUUUGCCUGGUCACGCAAGUGAGAUGCCAUCAUAGUUGACUCUGUGAUUGUAGUGCUUGUUUUCACUUUAAGCCUUAACGAAUGUAUUGUUACUGCUUUAUUUCGUUUUCAGGUUCAUCUUCCCGGGAUCAAAUGGAUGGAAAGUCACAAGGGAGUCUUCAACGUUGCUGUUAGGGCGGUGUCUUCUGUUCACAAUCAAGUACGAAGAAUGUUUUUCAAUCUCUUGAUCCCUGCAUUCGUCUUUAAAACUUUUCAUUUCAAAGGCCUCUUUUUGCAGCUGGGUGAAUUCGUUUUUUACUAGUGGGAGCCUCUGUGCUUUAGAGAUUCUUCAAAAAGUUAGUACAAAGACUUGCAAUCUGUGAAUGAAAAUGCAAAAGAGCGUGCUUAGUCUCUGAUUAACAUAUUUCACUUCGAUUUUGUUGACAAAAAAGCUCAAACGAUGGGUGUGGCGUAACGAAGAAAGCAGAUCUACAAUGGAAGACAAAAAUCCUAGGAACGGUUAUGGAAAACCUUCCUUCCACAUCCUUAACUUAUCAAAUUUUCAGAUGUAGCAUAAUAUAUACUUCUCUAACCACUUGGAUACCGCGACUGGCCCUCCCCUCCCCCAUCCAAACAAUGUUGGGAUGAAGAAACACUUUUAGGACAGGGUAAAGUGUACAGGGGUGCACAAAUUACAACAUUGCUUGGGGGCGAGGGGGAAAGGGGGAAAAAUUAAGGCAGAUCGUGUUAAUUGUCCUAAGAAUUUUGUACUCCAUUGUAGAUUUACAACUUCGCCAAGACUUCCUGUUUAUUGUCUUGAGGAACAAGACAUGUAUUUUUAAAAGUCAGUAUGGAGAGAAUUAAGGGAGCAUUAUUUCAUUAUUGUUUUUAGGAUCUACACAUUCACAAAUUUAUGAAGACCUGCCAUCAAAUCGAAGGACGUGUCACAUCUUCUCCCAGCCGAAGCACAGAAGGAAAUCUAGAAACUCUGUUAACAAAAAGCAUCGUGAAUCUAUCCAAAGCACAAGAAGAACCUUUGGUCAGGUUCUUAUUCCUUGUUUUGGACAAGCUCAUUCUGCUUCUUGUCAGGCCACCCGUUAUAUCAGGAACCAUAGGUAUGAAUAACAAAGUCUUUGUUAGAAAUGUGACGGUGAAUUUUCAGCCUGGUCAGUGAAAGAGAAAGAUGUUUUUUGACACAGAUUCAUAUUCUGAAAACAAUUCAUUUUCAGUCAGUGACAAAGCGAGCUCGGAAGAGUCUGGUUUCCACGAGUUUUCUGUAGCUCCGUAGUAGAGCAUCCGCACGAGUAACCAAAAAACAACAUCAACAAAUUUUAUGGAAAUUAAAUAUAUAACUACGUACAUUACUUUCCUACCCGCAAAUAACUUAUGAACUAAUCGAGGCGGGGGGAGCCAUGCAAGGACAUGUUACAAAUACAAGGUUUAUCUAUAGAUGGACUAAACAACAGUAAAGACACCACAAUACAAUAAAUAGAAAAAAAACUAACAUAAAACAAAGAGAGUAAUAGCAAUUGCAAAGAGAGACUAACAUAAUAAGACGGGGGACUUCAACAUAAUCGUCUUCUGACCGCAAGAAAUUUAAUAAUAAUUCCUUUAUCCUUUUACAAAAAGGUGAUCGCUUGAGCAAUUUGAUCGAAUAAGGAAUAGAGUUCCAAAUUUGACAACUGAUUCUCGUCACGUGAAAAAGGCAGACGCUUUUAGCCAGGAAUAGGACUGCUUGCGUUCUUGGAGAAAGAUGAUCGUAAAUUCUAACCGAAGACAAUGAAGACCCUUCUGGUGGACCAACGGCAACUGGGUUUUUAUUGCUAAUGUCUUUCCGAUGAGACAUUAGAGAUUCCUUGACCAGCCAUCUCACUAAUCCGCAGACUAUAGGUUUUAGAUUUCCAGCGCUGUUUCUUUGCGGGACACGAUGGGCUGUGACUAUAUCUUGGAUUGAUAUAUCCGCGGUCUUCCAUUUCUUUAAACAAAUUUACACAAAGCAGCGUGCAAAGAAAGUAGUGUUCGAUAGCCCGGGGCUAGCGGAUUUUGCUAUCGGGCUAGUGAAUUCUGUUAUUAACUUGCCCAACGGGCAAAUGAAGUUUUUUGAGGAUUUCAAAUUACAGAAGAACUGUGAAAUCAAUGUGCUCAUCAGAACGUUUUUGGGGCUAGUUGAAAUGAUGUUUGGGCUAGUAAAUGUUAGCUUCAGCUUGCCCGAAUGGCAAGCUGUAAAAAUGACUUUCUUUGCACCCCGACAAAUCCUACUUGUUAUUGACGGGACUCGCCUCGGGUAACCUACGAUUUUGACCUUGUAUUGAAAGCUGUAUUCUUGGAAUUCAUCGAUUGCGUUGCCAAUCGCGUCCACCUUGGCCUUGACCUCUGUGAGUUGUGCACUUAGGCGUGGCAGCCCGUUGAUGGCAAGCGAAGAAAUUCAUCAUAUUCCUUGCUUAGGAAUUCAAGACUAAGAGAUGCUUAUUUAGCAGAAGGGACAACACCGCUGCUUUGUUGUUAAAUUAAAUCUUUUAGUCUUGAAAUCUCCUCCGUCAAAGAUCACAGGUGUCACUCUUGUUGGAAGUGCAGGGGUCUUUUUCCGAGCUCCUAUUAGACAGCUUCAGAUUCGAGGACGAGGACGACUACAAUCACGAGAUUUUUGAAAUGCUGAGUAUUGCGCGCACGUGAACCAGCAUCAUUUUGGCGGGAAAACGUGAUAGCCGUCGUCAUUCUACAACGGGAUUUAGCGAGCAUGUCGUAGUGGCGGGAUCAAGUUAUUAAAUGUGAGAAGUUCUUUCACUCUGCGAUAGGGAGAGGGCUUAACCUCCUUCAGUAUAAAUAACCGUAUUAACUUUUUUGGUGGAAAAAAAGAAAGGAAAAUGAAGCCUUCCGGGGUGUCUUUUUUUGAGAACACGCGCAAAAACUUUGUACUCGUACUCGUUUUCAUCCUCAAAUCUAGAGCUCUCUAGUGUCACUGACUAAAGAAACAUCUUUCUCGAAAUCUUUGUUUCUUUUAACACUCGGUAAACUUGACUUGCCUAGCCGCGCCCUCUUCUCACGUUCAGUUCAGCGUGCUGCCUCAAGAUAGUGGGUAUUUGCUAUUGAGACGCGUGCGAGAUCUAAAGUGCACGAGACAAGCUUUAAGCUCGCUGUAGCCUAUACAACAGUUUCGCCAUGUACUUCUACAGGGGCGGAUCUAGGGGGAGGGUGCAGGGGGUGCGCACCCCCUCCCCCCGAGAUGACCUGCGGUUUUCUAAUACAUCUGUUAUUCUGCAAAAAAAAAAACUAUGUGUUUUAUUGGUGUUGAAGUAGAGCAGGAGACGAGUGCACCCCCUCCUAAAAAGAAUCCUGGAUCCGCCCCUGUUCUAUUCCCCGUUGAUUUAGUUGAGGGAGACUAUUUUUGAAUGUACUGAUCUCGAUCGUGAACAUUUGUUCGACAUUUAUUCAGAAAGAUUGAGAAAGCAGUUCGAUUUCACGAACCUGCCGUCAUGCAGCGGAACACGCACGUGCACGAGAGUGCAGUUGCAGGUGGAAGCGUUAAGUCUUGGGCAUUCCAUAGGAAGUCCAAGAAAUUAGUCAGUUUGCUGUUUUUACGCGUGAAGGGUUAGUAUAACAAGAUUUUAACGUCACCAAUUAUACUUCUUUAAUUUAUAGUUAACAUUGGCCAAGCAGCUUUUAAAUCAUUGACGCAGAUUGUUCACCGGCUUUAUCAGAUGCCAGAAAACAGCCAAGAUGAACAUGGCCGUAAUCAUUUACUGGCUUCUUACAUAACUUAUGUGUUCUCGGCUCCUUUUAGCCAUUCACCGUCAGCUUCUCCAGAUUAUUAUCCAGGUAAGGUAACUUAAAAAAAAGAUACCAUUGAACAUGCAAUUAUUCAAUUGAUUACUGUUUUGUUUAUGAUCCAUCAGCAGUGAUUUUGUUACAAAUAGUUAUGGUGAGUCCUGGGACUCAUUUCGUGAAAAAUCAUGAUUCAUCCGCUGACCAGUUUCACAUGCCUGCGCGGGCUCAGGUAUACAACUCAUGCAAGUGAUGUAAUUUUUAAGUUAUCCGCUGACCAGUUGUUCGUUUUUAAUUGAUCGCGGGCGCAGGUCAAUUUUUUUAAAGGUAAAUAUCAGUUUGAUCUCUGCUUAUGGCCAAAAUAUAAUUAAUCGAGGAAGACAUUUCCUAAAGCAUCCUUCGAGAGCUUCGCUUUUGGCCUUGGCUAAAUCUAUAUAUUAGCUUUUAGGUAGAAGGCACUUGAUUUUCUGGAAAAAUUUCAGCACUUUUUAUGAUGUGGCGUUCCGUGUUUAACUGUCAGAGGACCGACGUGAGAUAAAGAUAGAGAAAUAAAGGCCAGAGACCUAUUAUUUAACUUGUACACAAGUUACAUUUCUUGCUAUUAAUGUGACUGCGUGAUGCAGUUAAGGUGACUCGACCCAGUUUUUUUUAGGGGGUACCAUCCUACUUUGAAGCUCUCUGGUAUCCCCACCUUUACUUUUAUCGUAAGUAUAACACAGAGAAUGGAUAACAUAUAGAUCAAUCUACAAUAUAACAUAAAAUCUUUGGCGAUCGGAGUAAAUGUCACGUGGUUAUAAUGCCACGCCCCUUUGAGGUCUGAGUCCAAAAUCUGCUGUUGCCAGCAUUUUUUCGUGAAAAUCUCUCGGCUACACAUAGUGCGCAUUAGUGCCUUGCGCUGAACAGAGUUUCACCAAAAUCGCAAAGACCCAAUUCGAGAAAUUCGGCGGUUUCCAAAUUUAGGUCAUAAUUUAUUCGAAAAUGAUAAGCAAACUUUACACGGAUUAUAUCUAAUAAACUAUGAGAUUCAUCUCUGUAUUUUGGGCAUCCUUAUAACAGAUGGGUCCUUGCAAGUCAGCAAAACGCUUUAGGGCCUUGUAAAUGCGCGCGAUUUCGAGCAAAGCAAACAUAUAGAAAUUAUAGUUUUCGCUAUUUGUUGACGUUUGUCAGCGUUUAAGAGUCAAUCUCACGAAAAAAGCAUUUUCUUAAAAAUUCGUAGUUUUUUUUCCUUCAAAUUUUUUCAGGGCCACAAUUGAUUAACUAACUACCCGGACUCUGAAUUUCAUGGUCAUUGAAAAACUGUGACAUUAUCUUCUAUAAGCUCAAACUUGAGUAAACAUUGAAGAUUUUUAGCGUUUUGGCUGAGUUUGUGCUUUGGGAGUUGUCUAUUGUUUCUAGUCUGUCAUUAUACAGCAUUCUUGUUCAGCACGCGUGCAAUGACCGCGCUCGGCUGACUUCCGAAUGCUCACCGAGAUAUUACAAAUUUGGUACAGUGAGACAGGCCAUCGCGUGAUACAUAGAGGUUUAACUAACAAUUUUUAAUCAAUUCUCGUGCUUCUUGUGUCUUUGCAAAAAAAUCAAGAAGUGCUACACACUAAGUCUGCUUACUAUUACAAAAAUAUCAUUUUUUCAUAGGUUUAAUGCAAGCCAAUAAUUAAACCAACUCGUGAAGGGAAUAUCUCGGUGAGCAUUCAGAAGUCAGCCAAGCGCGGUCAUUGCACGCGUGCUGAACAAGAAUGCUGUAUAAUGACAGACUAGAAACAAUAGACAACUCCCAAAGCACAAGCUCAGCCAAAACGCUAAACAUCUUCAAUGUUUACUCAAGUUUGAGCUUAUAGAAGAUAAUGUCACAGUUUUUCAACGACCAUGAAAUUCAGAGUCCGGGUAGUUAGUUAAUCAAUUGUGGCCCUGAAAAAAUUUGAAGGAAAAAAAACUACGAAUUUUUAAGAAAAUGCUUUUUUCGUGAGAUUGACUCUUAAACGCCGACAAACGUCAACAAAUAGCGAAAACUAUAAUUUCUAUAUGUUUGCUUUGCUCGAAAUCGCGCGCAUUUACAAGGCCCUAAAGCGUUUUGCUGACUUGCAAGGACCCAUCUGUUAUAAGGAUGCCCAAAAUACAGAGAUGAAUCUCAUAGUUUAUUAGAUAUAAUCCGUGUAAAGUUUGCUUAUCAUUUUCGAAUAAAUUAUGACCUAAAUUUGGAAACCGCCGAAUUUCUCGAAUUGGGUCUUUGCGAUUUUGGUGAAACUCUGUUCAGCGCAAGGCACUAAUGCGCACUAUGUGUAGCCGAGAGAUUUUCACAAAAAAAUGCCGGCAAUAGCCGAUUUUGGACUCAGACCUCAAAGGGGCGUGGCAUUAUAACCACGUGACAUUUACUCCGAUCGCCAAAAAUUUUAUGUUAUAUUGCAGAUUGAUCUAUAUGUUAUCCAUUCUCUGUGUUAGACUUACGAUAAAAGUAAAGGUGGGGAUACCAGAGAGCUUCAAAGUAGGAUGGUACCCCCCCAAAAAAACUGGGUCGAGUCACCUUAAGCCUUAAUGUGUUGCUUGUGUGUGACUGCGAGAAAGUGGCAUUGCUCGCCAACGACUCCUCAGUAGUUCAUCCAAACACGGAGGGUUGUGUGUUCGAAUCCCAUCUGGGGAUCAGAUUUUUUCUGUGUCCUCUUAUGGUUGAUUCUUUAUAUCUCCGUUUAUUAUGUAAUAUCAGUGUCAUAGGUUGGUUGGUUGAGGGCUUCUUCAUAGGUAAGACAAGAGGCAAUAUCUACAAAAUAUCUGCGAUGCCGUUCUCUCGCUACAUGAACUCGGUCAUGUGAUCGUCAUGCAACUUCCCAUAAUCGACUUGACUGAUGGAGGCUGAAGGACUCAGCCGGGUUGGAUUUAUUGUGUUCUAGUCAAAUCAGUUCAAUUUUUGUUGGAUAAAGGAGGACCAGGAUUUUAGAUCAUUUUUAAAGGCUCCCUUUCUUUUUAGGCGAGCCAGGACGUUCCACAAGUAUUCCAAGGCAAAGCAAAGCUCGCCAGAAAAUGUCAAGCAGCAAUCCUCAGCUGAAUGCAACAUUAAGUGAAGAGCACAACGAGUCGCAUGGAUCUGGUAAAUGGAUAAAUGACGAGCAGGAGAUUGAUGAAGGACUGACAAUACCUGGAAACAGAAGCAGCAUGGCCGAGGCGCGCGCUGGCUCCCUGAAUGUCCCUGGGUUGGGACCUGGUGGCAGUAGUAAAAAGGUAUGAAAUAGGCCACUUCCGAGUUCCAAAAACCCUCACUUUCAAAAUGAGGCUAGGUGCACAACCUUUUUUUCUGAAAAUGAGUUUUAUUUGCGUGGAAAUGAAAAAUGAUUUCCAUAUCAGAGGCUGAACACCUACCCUCGUUUUGAAACAGAGGCCCGGGGGAACUCGGAAAUCGCCUAUAAAAGGUUUUUUCACCGCCACAGAGUAAAUAGGUCAGUCGCCACCAAUUCCAGCCCGUGGUUCCUCGAAAGAUGGUUAAUUUUAACCGAGGAUUUAAGCCAAAUUUUAAGUAUGGUUUUCUUCUCUAAGAACAUGCAAUACGUUUGAGCCUUUACUCCGAGAUACAGUAAUAAUAGCACAAAAUGUUAUUGUAAGCAAUGCAUAGCAAGGUAAAUACAAAAAUGAAACAAAAUUUUAAUCCUUGAUUUGCGCUAAUCCUCCUCUCAGGAAGCGGGCCCAGAUCUCUGGAAAAACCUGCCCAGAGACAUUAGCGGCCCCAUUCUCUAUUUAGUUUAAGCGCAAUCAAAGACAUACCUUCAUGACCACAAAUAAAUUACAGUCCAGUCUGAAAAUGAGAUAUAAUUUGUUAUAGGUUCCUUCUGCCUGCGAACAGAGCCUCCUUUUUGAGGCUGUCUUGAGUGAGGAGGAGAGAAGGAGUCUCUCCCUGAAUCGUGCCUUUGCCGAGGGCCGGACUUCUAUACUAGUCAAUCCUGUUAUCUCUCGUCAAACCUGUUUUCCGAAUUCGAACAUCCGACUUAGCGCACAGCUAUAAGGCCUGGGUUCGAUACUGUAUCCCAGCGAAAAAAAGCAGCACAUGUUCAAAAAAGGACUUUCUCGAUUCACGCAGAAUCUUUCUCGAGUACGCGGCCAAAAAACGAGCAAGCGAAAGAAAUGCUCUGGGUGAAAUUCCUAAACGAUGACCUCCCAACAUCGUUUUUUAUUUUGUUCUCAAGUUUUUGGUUGUUUUUCUUUUGUAUUACUACGUCGCUAGUGGAGGUGGGUGCCUGGGAUGUCCAGGGGCUUCCACCUUUGGCACAAUCAGCCCCUAGACAGAGUUACGCUCCCAAGGCUGGCAAACCCGCCCUCCUGCCAUGAGUCCCCACGCCAAUGGAACCAGGAGCCUGUCACACUGAUUUAUCAGUGGAAGAAUAACGGGGUGGGGGGGGGGGGUAAAAGAAUGAUCCAAAGGCUAAACGAAGAGACUGGCCGCCAGGAAAACGCUGUACUGAGCACAGGGAGGUGAUGCAAGCAAGGCAGACCACUCUUGAGCCAAACGACUGACCGUUGACCACGCCCUCCCUCCUUGUUGUUGACUGUGUUAAAUAAAUAUUUUAACUUCAUUUAUAUUGUUGUCUUAAAUGUUUCAGUUGGUGCACGAGGAGCUAGCACUACAGUGGGCAGUGGCUAGUGGACACUUGAAAGAAACAGCAAUGGCGCAUGCCUGGUUUUUCUUUGAGCUUAUGGUAAGAUCUCACGUACCACAUGCGUCCGAACCCUUCCACAAAGGCCACCUUGGGAUAGAGUCGGUUCUUGAGUGAAUGAGGACAGGUGGCCGUUAGCCCUUGCAACAAAUGCAGACUGCAGACUUGCAGACGCAAGGUAGAAAAGCAUUGUUGUGAAAUGAACCCAAAACUAUCCCUUUAGAGAGCAUUUCACAACACUGUCAUUCUGUUAACUUACCAGUCUGCAAGUCUGCAGUCCGCAUUUGUCGCACACCGGCCUUUAGGCUUGACUGUUCAGUUACUUCUUUCAAUUCGUCAGUUUAGAAACGAGACGAGGACUGGAGCCGAAAUGUGUCUCGCAAGUGUUUCUGGGAUAGUUACUGAGGACGCGCCAUAAUCAAAUGUGUUAUCCCCACAAAAUGUGCAUGAUUUUUUUUUUCUUUAUUGACAACAAAUCAACAACAUUAAUACACAGCAGAAAGUAAAAGAACAAGUAAGUAAAUAAAUAUGUCAGCAAGUAACAAAACAAAUUACUAUAAAAAUGAAAAGUAUUGGAAAAAAACAAAAAAACCUGUCAGUUGCCACACAUAUUUAAUAUUGUUUGCCACAAUUUUCAAUGCGAUAUUGUUCAAAAAGCUUACGUAAAAAUUCCUCUAAAUUAGGUUUCGUUACAAUGUUCUUGCAAGUAUACAAGUAUUUCUUUUGUAGUAAAACAAAUAGACGAAGUUUGCGCAUGAAAUGUGCAUGAUUAUUGUUGUCCAAUUUCUCUUGGGGAUGAUGGUCGUUUCUUGAGAAAUUGAAAAUAAAACUUACGCAAAAUUUUGAGGGAGAAAUUUCAUUUUGGGGAAGAUGAAGGUCGCAGACAGUCCCCAAAAACAUUUCCAGAAGUCUUUGGGAACUUUAACUCACUCCUUUCUCCUUUUCGUUCUAAAGUGGCGGAUGGCGCGUGUCAAUCUUAAAGUUAGAAAAAGAAAAGUACACACUCCACGCGCGAUUUUUCUCAUUAAGGUACUUCUUGCUUGAUACUGGGGCUCUGCGGCUGCCGUUUCGUGGUUUGUCUUUUUCGGUUGGCUGCUGUUGUUUAUUAAAUUUCCUUGUUUCUUCACAGUUUAAAAGCAUGGCUCAAUAUCUUGAAAACACUGACAAGUUUUUCUGGAUAAGAAAGACUCGUUUUCCUGAUCAGUUCUUGGGUGACAUACGAGCUAUGGUGAACUCAACAGUGGCUGAAAUCAUUGCUAAACUUGAGGUGACCAUUUUUAUUUGUGUGGAUAUUUUUGGUAAGAUAUAGAGGAUAUCACAUGGCCACGCGGAGAUACAAGAUUUAUCUUCGCGUGUUGAAUAAUAUUUCACGAGUGAGCACUGCGAACGAGUGAAUAUUUUUCAACUCGAGAAGUGAAAUUUCGUAUAUCAGGGAUGACAAAUUACGCUCCGGACAAUCGUAGGUUUUUGACAUGUUUAUUUAAUUGAUGAUCGAUAGAGAACUCCACGCACCGAAAACUUUAGAGCCUAAAUUUUGCGUUAAGUUCAGAAUUUUCAGAAUUUUUCGACAAAACACCUGAUAGAAUGCUUUUUGAUGUGCUCUUUCGUGUAUUUAACUUUUCUAAAGCGUCUUUAAUGCCCUGACAUCGUCAUUCAUGACAUUUUAAAACUUUGUCGCCAUGUUUGCGCUGACACGUACUGAACGUUGCCGUGGCAAGUUUUUGUGAAAUUUUUAUAUCUUUUCGUUUUGUAUAUCUUAACGCUGAAAUUUCGUGCCAAAAUUAAGGAGUCAUUUGUCACCCAUGAUAUUAAUCCCAUAAUAAAGGGACUCGUUCCUAGCCCCACUCCGUCUGAAAUAAGGCAAUCGGGGGCGUUUUAGAUGUCACAACGGAUUUGUUUUUCCGCAGUUCAUAUGUCUCACAUCAUCCUCAUUCUAAGCGAUAAUUCUGUUUAUUUGCAGGAUUUUUCUCUUGCUCAGAGGCUGAACUCUAGUCUGGCCUUCUUUUUGUACGAUCUCUUUUCACUGGUUGACCGAGGAUUUGUUUUUGAGCUAGUCAGGCACUACUGUAAAGAGGUAUGACUAGAUUUCCUCCUUUUGAUUGGCCAGAAAAUAUUAGGCCAAUUAGAAGUAGGGAUUUCAACUGCUUAAAUGUUUGUUCGUGUUGUGAGUUUUAAUUCUGUUCCAUACAUAUUGCAAUGAAUUCAUGACUUUUGAAGCUUAAUUAAAAACCAAUAAAUGCAAAACUUAUUUUGAUUGUCACUGAUACGUAACUUGUUUUGAAACGCUUUUUUUAUUCCGAUUGCAAGCCCUUUCCCGGGAUAUUAGCCCUCCCCUCGGAUAUAAGCCCUUCCCCCGGUUAUUAGCCCUUUCCCCGGAUAUAUUAAAGCCCUUCCCCCGGUUAUAAGCCCUUUCCCCAGAUAUUAUCCCAGGGGUACGUUUCUCGAUAGUCCUGGUAACCUUUCGGUCCCGGAAAGCUGUACAACGUUUUAAAAGAUUUGAAAAUGAUACAAUAAAACUAUCAGUAAAUGAAACAAAAUUAGCUGGUGUGUGAGCUAGGAACUGUGCUAGCAUACAACUGGUUUUGACUUUAAAUUUUGCCCUCGGGGCCGAAAAGUAACGGACUUUCGAGAAACGGGUACCAGGCCUGUUUAUAUGCCCUCCUAAAACCCCUUUCGAAGUUGUACAAUAAGCCCAAGGCUGAUAAGCGGAAGUUUACGGUAUUUUCUGGAGAUUUUCACGAGACUAGAACACCCUUCAUUUACGAUGUACUUCGCACAGUUGGUGGUAUUACCAUUAGCUCGUUACAGAUGCUAGUAUUUCUUUUUUCGCUUUAGAUGCUGUAUCAGGCUACUAUUGAUCCAGCGGCGUCACAGCUCAGACUUGAAUUUCUCAGGAUUGUUUGCAGCCAUGAACAUUACGUGACCCUUAAUUUGCCCUUCCCAACUCCUUUGUACCCGUCCCCACCCCCAUCCCCCACGAAUUCAGUUUCAUCAAUUGGUUCUGCCAUGUCAAGCUACACUGUGAUAAUAGGCAACAGCAUGGCGGAGUUGUCCACUGCGUUUAGACAGCAGCAUUUCCUUGCUGGCUUGAUCUUGUCUGAACUGGCCUUGGCUUUGGAGGGAGGGUGAGUUAUUUUGUUUCACUCGAUAGACUUAAAGUUCUCGUUAGCGGACACCUUUUGACCCGGGAGGGGAGGUUGCUCCCUUAUAUAAGCCACAUAUGUAUGUGUGUGCCGCCCCAAAGGGUAGGGUUUUUGCGCCGGUUUGUUCUGAACACGGGUAUAGACUUGGCCCAUUUGAGUUUGGAAUCGGGUUUGGUUCUGGAGGGAACUCGUAAGAAUGUAUGAACGUAUUCAUUGUUUCAGUUCCAAAUAAGGUAGAAAAAAAAAGAGAAAUAUGCGAAUACGAAAUGGAUUUUAAGAAAUCUUUUUUUGUUCGUGUUCUAAUCUAAAUAAUGGUGAAAUAAUUUCCUAGAGGCCAGGUCUGAAAAUGGGUAUGGAUUUUAGAGGCCAGGUCUGAAAACGGGUGUGGAAAAUGACAUUUUUUGGUCUGAAAUAGGGUCAGGAUUUGGAGAACCGGGCGGCACACCCCAACAAUAAUUCGCGGGAGUACCCCUCCCCCUGACGUAUUUAAGCAUCCGUAAGCGGACAUCCGAAAUAAAACCUCAUUCGCUUGUGAAUCUUGGAUUUGAAUAAGUCAACUUCAAAUCGUUGUUCGUCGCAGUGAAUUUAUAUCCGUUUUAGUGUUUGUCUCUUUUCACAUACACAUCUGGUAACACUUCAAAACAUCACUAGAAUUUUAUGCUUGUGACUGAAUUACAACAUCAACAGUAUCACAUUAUAUUCAAAUUGACACUAACAAACAGCCCGUAAAGCGACCUUGUAACCCUUACACCUUUACUGGCCACUUCUGAGAACCGGCUCUAGUUGCGGACACCUUCGCGUCUCGAGGGUGUACGCUUACGAGGGUUUCCACCGUAGCUAUCAAAAAAUACGCUCAAGAAGUUUUAAAUACGUCAACACAGUAUCGUUGCUUAGUAUGCAGAAUGAGAAGAGAAUUAGAUGCAACUAAGCCUAAAAGUUUCUCUAGGCCUAGAGGGGGCGGGUGGCGGGAUGGGGGUGGAUUUGGGGAGUUUAUUCUAGUAUAGGGUAGCAAAAUUCGGCUGAACUACCUCUCGUAUAAACUAAGGGUUCCAGGGUCCCAGCAGCACAUACCCACCCAAGGGGUAUCGCCUAACUUCUAUUUGGAUUUUUAGGGACAUGACAUUGAUUAACCAAGCUAUUGACACUACACGGGACCUCAUUGCCUGCCACGACUCAGACACCCGUUACGAUGAUGUAGAAUGUCGAUCUUCAGUAGCAGCCCUCUACCUGCCCAUUGUUGGUCUGGUUAUCGGUGCACUGCCUCAGCUGCAUGGGUAUGGAAGUGAGGAUAACUCAAGUAUAACUCCAGAUGUGGCAAUGGCCAUAGCUACAUCAAGUAUAACAACUCUGAUGAGCUCUGAUGAGAGGAGUGACAUUGCGUCGCAGGUUAUUUAUAUGCACUAGUUUUGUAAAGCCUUCGAGACAAGCUUUAGGGGAAGUGACCUGCGAGCAAGCUCUUUAUUUUUGGGAGUCGAAAAAACUGAAAUCGUGGGUGAGCGGCACGCGAAAUAAGACGCGAGAGUUCGCGGCUCGCUUCGCUCGCCUCUCGUUAUGGAGAUCUUGCUCGCAGGCUAUAGGGGAAGGAAAAGGAGCAAUUCUGGGAUCUUACUACGUUUCUGGGAAACUGCCCACCUACCCCUCCCCUAAGCCAACAUUUUGCAAGUGAGAAGUAAGUGUUAAUGUUGACUUAGGGGAGGGCUAGGUGGGCAGUUUCCCUUCUCGUGUUCCUUAAUUUUUCCCUCUCCAGUCCCGUUUUAACGCCUACCAUGCAGCAUACGCAUGCCGGAUCAUUAUGCUGGGAAACUGCCCACCUACCCCUUCCCUAAGCCAACACUUUGCCCUAAGUGAGAAGUAAGUGUUAAUGUUGGCUUAGCAGAGGGGAAGGUGGGCAGUUUCCAAGAAACGUAUUAUGAUCCGAACAGACACAGAUUUUGCUUGGUGAAAAUUUUAUUGGUGCCGUUGUGCGUGGUCUACUGCCACACAUAACCUCUUAUACGGAUUCAUAGUGAGACUAAUAUGUCAAGGGUCGAACGCUAAUGCACGAUCGCUGUGAUAGCCAUCACAAAGUGUCCUCGUGAGCAAAAGUUGGCAUAAAUACUUAUGACAAAGUAUGAAAAUGUUAAACAACCCAAGCAAAUAUGUACGCCAAUUUAAACGCAAUACUGCGUUCAGUGGUAGACAAAACUGUCAAUACUUGGAAGAUCAUCGCAUUUGGGGUCGAUUUCCGACGUGCGUAAAUAUAAUAGGGGCGAUGAGUUCAAGGUCGCAUGUAAACGUAAAAGCUGAACCUCGCUCAAGUCUUACUUUCUCAACUUUUACCUUGGUAAACUGAGAUUACCCUGUGCGUCAAACAAUAACAUGCUUUGAACAGCCUCUUCUUUUUCAUUCUGAGCUUACUUUUUAACUCGUGGGUACGCGCGAGCGUAUCACGAGUUAUUGCAGGGACAGGGAUAUGCAAAUGAGUCACUCGCUCACUCGUAGUAGACGCACUUCGUAAUUAAUCGGGUCCGAACUCGAGAGCGCGAAGAUCUAUCGUUUCCAAAAAAGCACGCGCUCGCCGAAGUUCGGUGGCAUCAAAUUCCUCGCUGACAGCGCGCAUCGUGCGCUACAGCACGGUUAGAGGAUAGAGGUCUUACCAAGUUUAAGACACGCAGGAAUCUUUCAGAUUAGUACGAUUCAAGAGCCUUUGACUCGUCCAGGCGUUAAACUUGACGAGAAGAUGAGCAUUUGCUCUCCGACUCCUUCAACUUCGACUUCUCCUUCAACUUCUUCUUCUUCUUCUUCUUCUUCUUCUUCUUCUUCUUCUUCUUCUUCUUCUUCUUCUUCUUCUUCUUCUUCUUCUUCUUCUUCUUCUUCUUCUUCUUCUUCUUCUUCUUCUUCUUCUUUAUAAGGACUCCCCAAGAUCACGGGGGGAAAUGGAUGUGAUUUUGAGCAUUAGCUUUAAAAUAACAGCGGAAAUCGAGAUAAGAAAACAUAAGCUUAUGUUUUGCGUCUUACUUCGCGGAGGAGUUGUGUCGGCUUUAUAUCGCAUAUGUUCUUUCAUUGCCAUGAAAUGUGUUUACUUUGUUUUUUACUGUCAGUAGCCUGGUUUCAAUUAGCCUUAAUUUCAUCCGAUUGCUUCGAGUCGUUUUUUCAAUCGGUUAAGUAUGGCUCGAUCGUUUUUCAGAAAUCAUGUGAUCAUCCUCAGUGGCGUAGUGGCUAUGUGAGGUCGGGCCAACUCGCAGGUACCGGGUUCAAAUUCUGCUAACAACCUUCUUUUUCCCUUCUUCCUUUUUUUUUUCUUUUUUGUUUUGUUUUGUUUUGUUUCCUUAUUUGUGUUGCUGUGUUUUUUUUGUUUGUUUUUAAAUAUAUACGUAGAUAACUUUUAAUAAAGUGCGAUAAACAGCAAGAAAAGUAUUGUGUUUCCAGAACAAGGAUAUUAUAUUUAUAAUCUGAAUUUCUAUCAUUUCCUAAAAUUUACUGUAGGAAAACCAGAGGGUGAUAACUAAUUGAUUAUUUUCCAAACAACGUACCCACGAGUUGACGAUAGUCUUUCUUUGAUUUACGAACUCAAGAGUUUGUUCUGUUUGCAGAAGAGUAAACCACAGCAGCUCAGUUUGGAGGCCACUAGAAAUCUGUUGGUGUGUUUGCUGUGGGUGUUGAAGAAUAUGGAUAGUCAGGUCUUAAAGGAUUGGUGGGCAGAUCAGCAAUCUUCAAGGUAUAAAGAGAUUGGUUCUAUCUACUGAGUUAAUAAUAAACACUUAAUUACUGGUCUGGAGGGGAACAGUAAAUUUUGUUUCCCGGCAAUCUCAAUGUGUCCCGAAGCGGAGUCAAGGGAAACAUUGAAAUUCAAGGGAAACAAAAUUAACUGUUUCCCUAGCCGAAGUGAUUUGUUAUAUAGCUGGAAAUUCAUUUAACCUCGCUGUAACGGCGGUCAUCGGUCAACAUUCGCGGGUAACAGUGCACUGUUACCCUCUGACGUCUUAGAUUUUGCAAUGUUUUCCGCUCAGAGAUUUUGGCGGGAAAUAGGUUAAUUGUAAGAUGUCAUGUGACCUUGAAGUAACUACUGAGAGCGAGCGCUGUUGGGAAAAAAUUUCCAGCUAUAUAACAAAGGAAGUUGGCCACCUGAGGGAAAAUGAGAAGCCGAGUUUUUGAUUAGUGGCCCUUUGUUCCAUAGUCAUAUUGGUUGAGCGUUUCCUGCUCAUUUAAAAAAAACUUCUUGAAAAGCAGUUAUGCCUAUUGUUACUUACUUUUUUGGAAUUUUCAAUUUCACGAAGUUUUUGAAUAUCUCAUACGCACUACAAGAGUAACAAGUUGAAAAACGUAAACUUCACUAUUCAAUGGCUAUUUCGUUGAAAGAUAGACGCGGUUAGAGCAGCCGAAUUGAUAGUGUACGAACGCAGACUUGUUUCUGGUCGUCGCCUCACGCCACCCGAAAAGUGGAGAGAAUCGACGACCGGAAAUACGUCUGCGUUUGCAGGCUACCGAAUUGAAAGGAAAGAAAAGAUCUACUGCGUUUAAUUUUCAGUCUGUACAGUAAGUUGCGGCCUUAAAAUUCACCAAUAAAUCAAUUUAUGAUAGGUUGGGAUUGCUACUGGACGUGCUUCGCCUGUGUGUCACUCUGUUCGAGUAUGGCGGAAAGAUGCAAAAAUCGUCUCAAUUCCCGGCAGCACCAAGGCCUAAAUCCGCUCAGCAGGACAUGAAGGCCAAGCUUGAAGAAGUUCUUCUUGGAAAUAAGGGCGCUGCAAGGGAGAUGAUGCAACGUCAUAGCAGAGUCAUGUUAGGUAAUGAUUGGCCAUUUUGAAGUCGCGUGAGAGACUGGGUUGGUGUUGUGUCGAACUGCACUAUGGGAUUGUUUUUGGAAACAAUUUUGACCCAGUUUCUCCCGCAGCUUUGUAAUAGCUGAGCGUUUAGAAACGGAGAUGGCGUCCCCAAAAACGUUUCCUUAGCGCUAUUUUACAUAACAGCGCAACUGUUCGUGUUUAUCGUGGAGUCAGUUUUGUUUAAAAAUACAUAUUGUCUUCUUUAUUCUGUAUACAUAUCCCAUAAGGAUUCUCUUUUAAGUAAUCCAUACCUUUUGCCGUUGUGCUCAAUUUCAUUAUUCGUCUGACGUUAAUGCUUGCUUAAGCGGUGAAUCAGACUCUUGUCACUGAGAGUGAGUCAGUACAUGUACUCCUAUGACGCCAUAAUUGACUUAUGUUAUAAGGUACUAUGUUGUUUUGUACAAUCAAACAGUGCCGUAGAGAGUAGAGAGCAAACCUGAAAUUAUGCAGAGGUGUAUUUUGUGGUACCUCGGAGAGAUUUUUCUCUCAAACUUUCCUGUAAACGCAGUGGUUUUUCUCAUGGAUGUACUUGUAAAGCUGAACCUUUCAAAACGCAGCAGUUAUACGAAAUAGUUACGUACUCUUCGCUAAACACAUAUGCUAUGUCAUAACAGAAAAGGGCCAGUCACCAGGCACGGAAACCAGACUGAGAUGGCGUAAAGAUCAAACACAGUGGAGACAGGCAAAUGAACAACAAGACAGGUGAGUGUUAAGUGAAGAUAAUGUGAACGUUAACUUAUCCGACACCCCUUUGGCGCACAUCAAGAGUGGUGCUCUACUGCCCUGUACUUAGGUGAUGCAUUGUGCACUUUAUUACCUUCGCAUUCUUUCGACCUGAGCCGUUUCCCGGGGGAGGGAAAGGGAGAGCCGCAAAAACGUUUGGCUUUAUUGUGAGUCGACCCAAAGAGAUGUUAGCACGCAGUAAAAGAUUAUUUUAACGCACAUUGAAACUCCGUCACUCCGUUCGCCAAGGUCGUAUAGUCGAUAAGAAAGUAGACAGAUUUUUAAAUCAUGAAACUGCAAACGUCAAUUUGCACCACUUGACCUAGUUUUCCUUUACUUGCGGCUUUUCUUUUUGGCCCUCAAAAAUAACUAGUUUCAAGACAAUUUCCUAAAUAAGGAAUAUUUUAGACACUAUUUAUCGAUUUGCUCUUUUUCUGAUGUCAGAAACUAAGAGGUUUUACAAGUGCCUCUAGAAGUAUAAAGUGCAACUGUAGCCUGUAGUCAGCGUAACUGUCAAUCAACUUUCCGUUUCGGUCUUGCGACCUUUGGUCGCUCAUAUUUCAUUCUUGCUCGGUGCGUUGCUGUUCUCGUUCAUGUUGUUGUUUGUAGUUAUUCAUCAUAUUUCGAGCGGAGAUGUAUCCGUGGUGGGCGAUCCCGCACCUAUUUGAAAGAUCACUCUCCCUAGUGAGAAUAGGCAAUCAUCAAAGUUUAUAUUGACUAUGUGUAGCGUGACGUAAGUUUCUAAAUAACUUUCAUUUUUGGUUUUUUUGUUCUUUUCUUUCUGUCAUUGUACUGCAGACUUCGUCCAGAAGCGGAGGUCAGUGCGCAUGUCGAGGGGUCCCUCUCAGCUGAAGUCACGUCAAUUGUUCUUGAUGCGCUGGAGCAAUUAGUCCAGGUAAGUGUUUUAUGUGUUUUUAAAGGGGGGAAAAAGUAUAUUUUGAAAUUUGAAGAAAACCUCAAAAUAUUAGUUUCACUAAAGAAGUAAAGGGAAAUUCUAAAGCGGGUUUAGCAUGGUUUGCUUUGGAGAGGUUUCACCAUGUUCUAAACGAGUGAAAAACUGGGCACGGCAUGUGCCCUGAAAGCUUGUUGGGAUCGUUUGGCGCACUACAACUGCUGUGGUCGAAAUUGUAGUAAUACUUUCAGACAGUUGUCCGACGGCAGAAUUCAAGAGCAAUCAACAUUACUAACUGACUAGUCAAAGGCUAGAGCACAGAUAAAUACAUGACAAUAUUCACGAAAACGACGAAACUCACGACUGAGGUAGUUGAAGGAAAACGAUAGGAAAUGAAAGCAAAGCUUUUGGGAAGCUUUCGGUAAACAACUUAAUAUGUGAAAUCAUGAAAGUUAGGAAGCACGAAAGGAAAACUCCGAAGUAUUAUUUCGCUGGGCAAUCACACAACGACAUGUAGAAAUGAUGCCUGUAUUUUUUGGCCAUAUGAGAAUCCACCUCAUUGGAGAGAAAACAACAUUGGCCGCCAGAAGCCUUGUUUCCUUUCAGCUACGUUUGAUGUAACAUUUAUUUUUAAAUUUUUACCUGUUCUUUAGACCGUGGCUUCCUCAGACACCUUACGUGUGGUCCUUAGUGGAAUUCUUAGGGUUCUUCUUCACAGUUUAAGCUGCAACCAAAGUGAACGUGUCCUACAAAAUUUGUUUGCGUCACAAAGAUCAAUUGUGUACAAGGUGAGCUAAGAAAAGAGGAUAACUGUUGAGGAAUAUGUUUAACACUAGUCAUGGUGUUUUCGUAGAGACUAAACACGAAAACCAGAAAAUACGACAUGUGUUGGUGUAUGUUGAACACACUUCAAGAUUUUUAAUAAUUGUUGUGAUGAAACACUGUGUCAGGGAUUUUAUGACUUAAUAAGUUGAUAAAUCCUUUAUUUACCCUCGGCAGCGGUGUUUAUAACGGAAAGGCUUUUAGAGCCGAGCAAAUCAGUGACCGGGUUACAGGAUUACGAAUUCCAUCUCUAAAUAACCACAUUUGUUACGUAAUUAUGCUUAUCCAAAAGGUGCUAGCUUUACUACAGAAAUGGUAUUGUGUUUCCACUGCAGUUCCCUGAGCUGUUGUUUGAUGACGACACUGAGCUUUGCGCAGACCUCUGUUCCAGACUCCUUAACCACUGCAGCUCGGCCAUCAGCAGUAUUCGGGCCCAGGCUAGCGCAUCCCUCUAUCUCCUCAUGAGGCAGAACUUUGAAAUAGGAAACGUAAGUUUGCAAAAUCUCUUGUUACCGACUUCAACGAGAUUCAUCUUUUAUCCUCUCAUUGUCCUAUUUUUACAAGGGAACUUUAAAGUCGCCAAUUCUACACGGUCUACUAACUAUACAACCUGUAAAUUAUUACAUGGCUGGCUCUGAAAGUGGGCAAUGCGAAACGAGUUGUGUGUACUGUUGGACAUGUGUGUAAUCAGCUACCCAAGCAGGCAACAUGAGCCUGUUUGGUUGCUUGGGUAGAGUAUAAAGGAGUUUUAAUGAAAUUUAGGGAAAUCAAACUACAGGAAACUGGCCACCAGAUUAAAAUUUAAAAGUAACAAGUUAAAACAGUAAAGGAACAUUGAAAUAACAACUUAUGCAAACGAAGCAACGGAUAGACAAAAUUGAGCAAGAUUAACACGGAUUGCUGUUGGUUUUUUCAGAGUUUAUCUCUGUUGUUCGUAAUUGUUGAAUUAUACUGUUUGUAACAUUGCUCAUGAUUUUAUGUUGAACGUUAUUUACCUCUUUGUUCUAGAACUUUGCGCGUGUCAAGAUGCAAGUUACAAUGUCACUGUCGACUCUUGUUGGAACUUCACACGUUAGUUUAUUCAUAUUUAUAGAACACCACAUUUUGAUUAAAAGAUAAACUUUUCAGUGUUUAUCCCAGAGCUAGAAUUGUAUGCUAUAAUUUUAUGAUUUCAUCCAAAAACUCAAGUAUUAACUAACUGUCAUCAAAAAAACAUCUGUCAGCUACAUGUACCAUUUUUAUGCACUACCGUAACGGAAACUAAGUUAAGAAUUUUUCAAUUUAAAUUUUUGCAUAGAAGGAUAGCUACAAACGACUUACUUCUUAAGAUAGAAACACUUACGCAUCUCUUUUGGGACUGUAGAUUAACUCAGACUUUUUGGAAUAAAUUAAUGUUUCGCAGAGGACCUCUGAAAAUCUUGAUCUGACGAACGUCACUCCCUUCUCACCAGCUCUUUUCCUCGGCUUGACUGACGAGUUUGACAAUCCAGUUUACUCCUACACCAAUUUCUCUUUAUCGCUAGUAAAUAGUUCCAUUGGAAAGUAUUACUGGAGAAAUUUCAUUUGAAAAGUCACAUCAUAGGAUUUCAUCCGCAGAAUUUAGAGUUGGAACUGUGUACCCUUAAAUAGUUCCAUUGGAAAGUACCGCUGGAGAGGUUUCAUUUGAAAAGUCGCAUCAUAGGAUUUCAUCCGCUGAAUUUAGAGUUAGAACUGUAAACCAAUUAAUAGUUCCAUUGGAAAGUAUUGCUGGAGAGGUUUCGUUUGAAGAAUCACACAACAGGAUUUCAUCCGAGAAUUUAGAGUUAAAAGUAUCCACCAAUAAAUAGUACCAUGUGAAAGUACUGCUGGAGAGGUUUCAUUUAAUUGGUCAAACCAUAGUAUUUCAUCCACAGACUUUAUUAGCAAUGAAUAACUCCCGUACUCUGGUAGUAAAAGUGGUGAAGCAGAUUUUAAUUACGUUCGACUCUUUGUUAUAGACAUUUAGCGAGGAGCAUCUGCGUCGGUCACUAAAGACAAUUAUUACCUAUGCUGAAUCAGACCAAGAACUAAGGACAAGCACUUUCCCAGAUCAGGUACGUAACGUGCAAACCGAUACUUUCCUUUCUGGUGUACUGGCCUUUUUUUUCUCGUCGUUAUAGAGUGGAGAAUUUGUUUGAUAAUUAAUACUUGGCUCAUUCGCUUUGUUCUCAUAACCGUUAUGUGUGAUUAAGCAAUGAUACCACUUUCAUAGGAAGAAAUAAUAGAUGCUAGUCACUUCCACAGCUUGAAAUCUUUUACGUCCUUUAGUAUUUCUGUGUUGUGUAUGUUACAGGUUUGAUUUCAGGAUAAUUUUGAUUUUUCCCUAGACGGAUUCAUAACUUCGUUUGUCCUUUAACUCUAAGACACAAAGGAAAUUGAUAAUUAACCUAGGUUAAAUAGUCUUAACCUGAAAUCAAAUUUAACCUGUAACAUGCACACUCUAACUGCCAUUCGUUGCAAAUGAGCAAAUAUCUGAGGGAUUCUUAGUUGUUUGACUUUGUAUUUUCUUAUUUUUGUCAGUGUAAAAAGGCUUUUUCCUAUGGAUUUGGUGCCACAGCUCUUGUUUAAAAUCACAGCUUAUCAAUCUUAUCAUUUGUACUAAAUUAUAAGUUUCAACAAAGUGUAAGAUAUUAAAGAGGUCAUAACAGGCCUAUUAAUUAAAGGGCCUAGAGUAGAAAAUCUAUUUUUCUGUUAAUUGUGCUUUUAACGAUAACUGUAAACUGUACGGAAAGUUGGGCAGCCUCAUCGUGAACAAUGCGAAGAGGUAGUUUAACUUCACUGGCCCAAAACUAAGGUUAAAAGCUAAAAGAUAUGUACAUAUUGAAUGUUACCUUAGGUCAGAGAGCUGGUUUUCAACCUGCAUAUGAUUCUAUCAGAUACAGUGAAGAUGAAGGAGUACCAAGAGGUAUCAGUAAUGUGUUUUAAUUGAUUGUCGUCU